AUGUCUGCAGCAGGUCAGGUGUACUUUUAAGACACUUUCAAUCCCAUGGAGGUUCUGUCUUGAAAGCACCACACGUGUGGUAACUUGAGGCCAUGUUAAGGGCUCCUGGAUGAUUAGAGAGCAAUGUCAAAAUGAAAGCUUUUCUGAAGAACCUUUCAGAAGUGUACCUACACCUUGUUUUCGAAAGAAAAGCUAUUUUUUUGUCCAUUAAAAUAACAUCAAAUUGAUCAGAAAUACAGUGUAGACAUUGUUAAUGUUGUAAAUGGCUAUUGUAGCUCGAAACGGCUGAUUUUAUUUAUGGAAUAUCUACAUAGGCGUACAGAGGCCCAUUAUCAGCAACCAUCAGUCCUGUGUUCCAAUGGCACGUUGUGUUUGCUAAUCCAAGUUUAUAAUUUUAAAAGGCUAAUUGAUAAUUAGAAAAACCCUUUUGCAAUUAUGUUAGCACAGCUGAAAACUGUUGUGCUGAUUAAAGAAGCAAUAAAACUGGCCUUCUUGAGACUAGUCAAGUAUCUGGAGCAUCAGCAAUUGUGGGAUCAAUUACAGGCUCAAAAUGGCCAGAAACAAAUAACUUUCUUCUGAAACUCGUCAGUCUAUUCUUGUUCUGAGAAAUAAAGGCUAUUCUAUGCGAGAAAUUGCCAAGAAACUGAAGAUCUCGUACAACGCUGUGUACUACUCCCUUCACAGAACAGUGCAAACUGGCUCUAACCAGAACAGAAAGAGAAAAAAAAAACAGACGCCUCACAGGUCCUCAACUGGAAGCUUAAUUAAAUAGUACCCGCAAACACCAGUCUCAACGUCAACAGUGAAGAGGCGACUCCAGGAUGCUGACCUUCUAGCCAUAUCUCAGACUGGCCAAUAAAAAGAAAAGAUUAAGAUGGGUAGUCUGAGAUAUGUUUUUUUCUUUGCAACUCUGCCUAGAAGGUCAGCAUCCCGGAGUCACCUCUUCACUGUUGACAUUGAGACUGGUGUUUUGCGGGUACUAUUUAAUGAAGCUGCCAGUUGAGGACCUGUGAAGCGCCUGUUUCUCAAACUAGACAAUCUAAUGUAUUUGUCCUCAUGCUCAGUUGUGCACUGGGGCCUCCCACUCCUCUUUCUGUUCUGGUUAGAGCCAGUUUGCACUGUUCUGUGAAGGGAGUAGUACACAGCGUUGUACGAGAUCUUCAGUUUCUUGGCAAUUUCUCGCAUAGAAUAGCCUUCAUUUCUCAGAACAAGAAUAGACUGACGAGUUUCAGAUGAAAGUUCUUUGUUUCUGGCAAUUUUGAGCCUGUAAUCGAACCCAAAAUUGCUGAUGCUCCAGAUACUCAACUAGUCUCAAGAAGGCCAGUUGCAUUGCUUCUUUAAUCAGCACAACAGUUUUCAGCUGUGCUAACAUAAUUGCAAAAGGGUUUUCUAAUGAUCAAUUAGCCUUUUAAAAUGAUAAACUUGGAUUAGCAAACACAACGUGCCAUUGGAACACAGGACUGAUGGUUGCUGAUAAUGGGCCCCUGUACGCCUAUGUAGAUAUUCCAUUAAAAAUCUGCCGUUUCCAGCUACAAUAGCCAUUUACAACAUUAACAAUGUCUACACUCUAUUUCUGAUCAAUGGUCCACCACUCAAAUGACAUCCAGCCAACUUGACACAACUGUGAGAAGCAUUGGAGUCAAUGUGGGCCAGCAUCCCUGUGGGAUGCUACAAUUAAUAAUUUCCUCCUGUCUGAUGGAGUCCAACCUGCAGAAUUAUGUUAUGAUCAUUUUCUUCAGUCUCCUUUACAUUGUUACCUGGUAAAUAUCAAUACUCUGAAAAGGGAAAUUAUGGAGGAAUUUAACAUUUAAACAGAAUGAAUGGCCAGUAGAUCAAUGGAGAGGAGUGAUCUUAUCAGAUUCCUGCAGGUACAGACUCCAAUCUGCAUUUAUUAUAUAAUGCCUUAGAAGUGAGCCUUGGCAUCUAAACGCUGAUGUAUAAUAAGCAGGAGUAAAACGUAUCACACAGACAAACAAAAUCAAUACAAUUCAAUUCAACCUCUUAGGCCAAACGCAGGACUUAGUCAUUAGUCUCUCUGUAUACAACUGGGAAGAGAACACACAACUAUCUAGUUUUGGAGGUAGCCCUUUACACUCAAACCCAUGGUAGCCCUUUACACUCAAACCCGUAGUAGCCCUUUACACUCAAACGCGUAGUAGCCCUUUACACUCAAACCCGUAGUAGCCCUUUACACUCAAACCCGUAGUAGCCCUUUACACUCAAACCCGUAGUAGCCCUUUACACUCAAACCCGUAGUAGCCCUUUACACUCAAACCCGUAGUAGCCCUUUACAAGCAAACCCAUGGUAGCCCUUUACACUCAAACCCGUAGUAGCCCUUUACACUCAAACCCGUAGUAGCCCUUUACACUCAAACCCGUAGUAGCCCUUUACACUCAAACCCGUGCUAGCCCUUUACACUCAAACCCAUGGUAGCCCUUUACACUCAAACCCAUGGUAGCCCUUUACACUCAAACCCAUGGUAGCCCUUUACACUCAAACCCAUGGUAGCCCUUUACACUCAAACCCAUGGUAGCCCUUUACACUCAAACCCGUAGUAGCCCUUUACACUCAAACCCGUAGUAGCCCUUUACACUCAAACCCAUAUACGGGUUGAAAAUGGCAGAUUUGGCCACUGAUAAGUGCCUAAAUUGGAACGCAGUGGCUGUACAUGCUAUAAAUGACGUCAGACCUCAGGCUCUGCGCUUCACAGCGCUGUAUGGUUUUUGACUGACAGCCGUUCUCAACUUGAGCACCGCAUGCGACAAUAAGUUGCCCCGUCCCUCCUGCUAAUCAGCAGCUGCAGGACGCAAAGUUUUGGAACGUUCAGAUAGAAAUAUGCUAUGUAGAACAAACAUCUGCCUCUCUGACAUGUUGAAUAAGGAAGAACGUCAGCUCUAUUCAUGGAUCUAUCUGCAACGUUCAAGAAUGUUUUUCAACUGAACGUGGCCCUGGUAAGUAGCCUAUAUGAAAACAUUUGCUGGCACAGAAAGAAAGGAAAAGGGAUAGCAAACAAUUUGACUAAAUUCCUCUGGCCACUACACUAUAUCUGACUGGGUAUUUAACUCUAUUUUGAGUUCAUGUGGACCCAGGGACUCAGACUUGAGCACUUGGACCAGGACUCGAGCACUGGGACUCGGACUUCAGCCAUAGGGACUGGUGACACGACUCUUGACUCCAGCACAGGGGACGUGGGACUCGAUGUUUAGUGACUCGACUACAUCACUGGGCGAAACAGUCAAUAGCUCUCGUUCAUAUUCAUUAGCCACCGUUCUACUUUUGGAUAUCAAUGUGACUGUGGCGUCUGUAGAACCUUGAUAACAAUGGCAAGGACAAGACCGAGUGACGGAGGUGCAACCCAUACUAGGCUACUUUGCGGCACCAUCUGGUGAUUGUGCCCCUCUCUCUCUCUGUGCUUGUGUGUCUGUUUGUUUUGUAUGUAAUGUGCAGUAUCUAUGUAGUCUGAAUUAGGAAUUUACAUGACCAGAUAAUUCUUAUAUAAUAUAAUAUUAUUUCUUAUAUAUGUUUGUCAUAUUUCUGCAGUUGGGAGGAGAAUAUGAUGUUAUGCAGAGCAAUAUGGUGGUAGGACAAGGCUAUGUAUGUUUGUGCACAUUGAAGUCAGUGAUUUAUGUUUACUAUAGGUUAAUGAGGCAAUACUCAAAUGUGAGUAAAAUGAAAGGGCAUUAAGUUGACAAAAAUGGCCCACUAUUUUCGUCAUUCUGACAAUAACUAGAUUAAAUCAUUAUUCAAAUGACAAACAUGUGACUUAAUUAUAUUUUAGUCAAAAUGACUAAGACUAGACUAAAUCUAAGUAAGAGUGUCACUUACACUGACACACACACACACACACACACACACACACACAUACAUACACACACAUCACAACUGCUGCCACCAGACUCUUAUUUACUAUUGCUAAUACUGCACAAUUUAAACACUUGCCCCCAAUCCCUCCUUCCCUGAUGCAUGUGUAAAUAUUGUACUAUAAAUUGGCCUUCCUGUAUUAUAGUUAUGCUUAAAUGUUUAUUCUAUUCUACUAAGACAUUUUCUUUAUGUUCGUAUUCUUAUCUUUUAUUAUUUCUAAUUGUUGUUGCAUUGUCGAGAAGGAACCUGCAAGUAAGCAUUUUGUUGGACGUUGUAUACCAUGUGUAUCCUGUACAUACGACUAAUAAAACUUGAAACUGAAACUUUUAAUUUGAUUCUGAAAGGCCCAAUUGGUUGGGCCUGUGGGGUAGAAUAAGAGGCUUUAUAAAGGAAUUAGAUUAUAAAGCUCCUACACUAAAGUCUGCCAGUUGCACGUUCUGUGGUGUGAAGACACUACAGGUGUGGUCAAUAGACAGGGACUCACUCCUAGCUGCAGUGAAUUCAUGCCUCUGUGAUGUUGCAGCAGGAGAAAAUGUCUGGUAGACUUCAGUCUGGAUGUACUUGACUAAACUCAGCUGUCACACUGCAGGGGCAUGAAAGACAGCUCUCUUUGCUGAGCCACUGAACUCAAACACAGACUCAUACGUUAGAUUGCUCAGGGUGACUCAGGAGUUGUGUGCUCUUUAUAGAGGAAAAACAACAACGUAAUAAUGCAGGACGAAACCAAUUUGGUUUCUAGGGUUACAAUCCUUAUGCCCUUAUGUCUAAUCAUCUUUAUUUCAUUAGCAACAGGCUUGUCAUUUAUCAUAGCAUCUGGGGUGCCUUAACACUCUCAGGAAAAUGUAUGUUCAUCUGUCGAUUUUAUUGCAUAACUAUUUUUCAAAAUGUGGAUUGUACUUUUGAAUGAUAACCUUGUUAAGUGUGCUAAUUAAACUGAAAAAAUCCCCAAGGCUCUUUCCAAGUGGAGGAAAAGUGAACGUUAACAAAGUACUUACUAAAUGUCACAAAACUCUCAGACACUUAUCAAGCCACUCAGAAAAGACUCAACUCUUUCUCGCUUUCUCUCUUACUUUCGCUCACGUUUUCUCUCACGCUUUCUCUCUCUUUCUCUCCGCAGAGCUUCCCAGCAGUCCACCAGCCCAGUUUACCUUCAGACCCCUACCUCCGCCCCCACCCCCUCCUCACGCGUGCACAUGUGCCCGCCCGGCCCCUCACACUCACGUUUCUGAGCCACUGCAGAGGAACACCCUGCCGGCUCGGAGCCAGGCGAUGGAUGUAGAUCCCACUCAGCCGGCCGACAGAGACAGAGGCCAGCUCCACAACAGCUGGGCACUCAACAGCAACAUCCCCCUGGAGACCAGGUAAGCCUUGGCACCUCCACUCUCACCUGCCUAGUAAUGGGGUCAGUUCAGUGUGGCAGACACUUUAACAGCUCUGUGGCCAUAGUUUCCCCAGUAUGAGUCAUGCAGGGCUCUUGGCCUCUUUCCCUCUGUGUUCUUAAUCACUGUGACACCACCGGUAACUUGGAUCCAAAAAAUUGCGCUAGCUUUGAGAAAAGUAGAUUGAAUGAACAUGUUGUUGGCAUUAGUGAAGUGUUGCAGAGAGGAUCCCUGUGACUUCAGUCACUGACCUCUCACACAUCUUUAAUGAUUCACACUUGAUAGAGAGAUGAAUAAUGGUGUUAAUUCAUAAUGAGGGGUUGGCGGUGUGUAACUAAAUAAUAUCAUUUUGAAGAGAUUCAGGGCUAAGGCUUUUGAGAAGUUAAGUGGUGUACAAAUCCAACAUAAAUAGAUACAUGGUUUUGAAAAUACUGAAGAUCAAGGCCUUUACAAAGCGAAUCAUCGAUUUAACAGCAAAAAGACUGUUGAGUUCACAAUUAGCAUUUAAAGAAAUGUUGUGUCAGAUGUGAAUAGUAAAAUAGCUACUGUAGUUAGUAAAAGGAAGGUUGUCUACAACUGACUGGUGUGUGAGUCAUUAAUGAAAGAGGAUUAUUCGUUUUUAAAUGGACAUCCAAAGGGAAAACCAUUUCAAACGGUCACCCUUUAUGAAUGCUCUUUUCUUUUAAUAAUGUAAUAAUUUUUGUGAAUUCCAAGAGACUGAAAUGUGACCUUUAUCCCUUUGAGCUUAUGAACUUGGAAUGAAUUAUCUUUGUCCUGCUUGAAAACCAGCCUGCCAGAUGAGAUAAUUAGUGUCUCUUUCAUAGCUUUGUUCUGUUAGAGUAUGGGAGAUGAAAGUAGUUGAAACAGAACAGACUGUGACAGGUUAGUAGCUAGACUACUUAUUGAUAGGAAAUCAAAGGAAGAAGUGAUGGCCGCCAACAGCUGUGUUGGGUCGAAGGUGAAAUUGAAAAGGGUUGCCAAACAAUGAUGUCACACUGUCUAAUUCACUGUUUUUCCACAGUUGAAAAUAGAGAAAUGCCUAAUUAAAAUACUUUAGAUUUAGUAUAAUGGAGAAUGCCAUUGUGGGUAGUCCAGACGUGGAAAAACUCCAUUAACUUAAAAUGAGCUGAGCUCUAUAUGCUUUAUGAUUAGAAAAUGGCUAAAUCAAUUACUGUAGACCAAAAGCAACCAGGUAAAUGUUCUAUCCUUAAUUUCUAUCCUUCAAUCAAAUAAUUUCCUGCUUGUUAUUAAUGAUGAGUCUUGUUUAUCUUUAGGUUUUAACAUGCAAAGAGGGACCACUAUGACAAGAAAACUAUGGAUAAGUAAAUUAAUGAUGAAGUAGAGAGCCUUUGUCAAGAUUGACAAUUAUGCUCUCUGCGUUUUGAGAUUGGUUUUUGCUCAAAGGGUUGUCCAUGAAAUGUGAAAUGUGGCAAGGGAAAGGACGAGCCGACAUGUUCAUCUUAGUGUAUGAGUCGCUGGCAUAUUUGUCUGUUUCCCCAUUGUUUGGUAAACCCACCAGUGCUUGGUGCUUCAUAAAUGUCUUUUAAAUUGAAAAUAAGCAAUCCUAUCAGAGGUAAACAACUUAUUUUUGUUGACUAAAAGAAGUUGACAUGUCGUCUUCAGAGAAAGACAUAUGAAACGUGCGUUAUCAGCAUCAGUAGGGAGAAGACUACAUCAUAGAAGAAAACAAGGGCCUACCUUAGGUAUGUUUUCUCCCCCACGCAUUGUAUUCAAAACAUCCAUAAUGACCAAUAGGUGUACAGUGCCUUCAGAAAGUAUUCAUACCCCUUGACUUAUUCCACACUUCGUUGUGUUACAGCCUGAAUUCAAAAUUGAUUACAUUGAUUUUUCUUCUCACCCAUCUACACACAAUACCCCAUAAUGACAAAGUGAAAAGUUUUUAGACAUUUUUGCAGAUUUCUUGGAAAAUGAAAUACAUUUACAUAAGUAUUCACACCCAUGAGUCAAUACAUGUUAGAAUCACCUUUGACAGCGAUUACAGCUGUGAGUCUUUCUGGGUAAGUCUCUAAGAGCUUUGCACAACUGGAUUGUACAAUAUUUGCCCAUUAUUCUUUUCAAAAUUCUUCAAGCUCUGUCAAAUUGGUUGUUGAACAUUGCUAGACAACUAUUUCCAAGUCUUGCCAUAGAUUUUCAAGCAGAUUUAAGACAAAACAGUAACUCGCCACUCAGGAGCAUUCACUGUCUUCUUGGUAAGCAACUCCAGUGUAGAUUUGGCCUUGAGUUUUAGGUUACUAUCCUGCUGAAAUGUGAAUUCAUCUCCCAGUGUCUGGUGGAAAGCAGACUGAACCAGGUUUUCCUCUAGGAUUUUGCCUGUGCUGCCAUUCCAUUUAUUUUUAUCCUGAAAUACUCCCCAGUCCUUAACAAUUACAAGCAUACCCAUAACAUGAUGCAGCCACCACUAUUCUUGCAAAUAUGGAGAGUGGUACUCAGUAAUGUGUUGUACUGGAUUUGCCCCAAACAUAGCAUUUUGUAUUCAGGACAAAAAGUACAUUUCUUUGCCAAAUUUUUUGCAGUAUUACUUUAGUGUCUUGUUGCAAACAGGAUGCAUGUUUUGGAAUAUUUGUAUUCUGUACAGGUUUCCUUCUUUUCACUCUGACAAUUAGGUUAGUAUUGUGGAGUAACUACAAUGUUCUUCAUCCAUCCUCAGUUUUUUCCUAUCACAGCCAUGAAACAUUGGAACUGUUUUAAAGUCACCAUUGGCCUCACGAUGAAAACCCGGAGCGGUGUCCUUCCUCUCCGGCAACUGAGUUAGGAAGGACACCUGUAUUUUUGUAGUGACUGGGUGUAUUGAACUCCAUCCGAAGUGUAAUUAAUAACUUCACCAUGCUCAAAGGGAUAUUCAAUGUCUGCUUUUUUACUUUUACCCAUCUACCAAUAGGUGCCCUUUGCGAGGCAUUGGAAAACCUACCUGGUCUUUGUGGUUGAAUCUGUGUUUGAAAUUCACUGCUCGACUGAGGGACCUUACAGAUAAUUUUAUGUGUGUGGUACAGAUGAGGUAGUCAUUCAAAAAUCAUGUUAAACACUAUUAUUGCACACAGAGUGAGUCCAUACAACUUAUUAUGUGACUUGUUAAGCAAACCUUUACUCCUGAACGUAUUUAGGCUUGCCAUAACAAAGGGGUUGAAUACUUAUUGACUCAAGACAUUUCAGCUUUUCAUUUUUCAUUUGUAAACAUUUUGAAAAACAUCAUUGUAGUUUGACAUUAUGGGGUAUUGUGUGUAGGCCAGUGACAAUAAAAAUCUCAAUUUAUCCAUUUUAAAUUCAGGCUGUAACACAUCAACAUUUUGAAAAAGUCAAGGGGUGUGAAUACUUUCUGAAGGCACUGUAUAUGCCUCAUCACAAUUCUAUCUCGGAGAUCUACAGACAGUUCCUUGGACUUCAUAGUCACAGGUGUACUCCAAUCAAGUUGUUGUGACAUCUCAAGGAUGAUCAAAGGAAAUUGGAUGCACCUGAGCUCAAUUUGGAGUGUCAUAGCAAAGGGGUGUGAAUACUUAUGUAAAUGAUAUAUUUCUGUAUUUCAUUUUUUAUAAGUUUGCAAACAUUUCUUAAAACAUGGUGAGAGACAAAAAUCCAUUUAAUCCAUUUUGAAUUCAGGCUGUAACACAACAAAAUGUGGAAUAAGUCAAGGGGCAUGAAUACUUUCUGAAGGCACUGUAUGUAAUAUACAACAGUGACAACAAUGACAAAUGAACACAAUUAGGUUUGCAGGUGGGGUAGUGGUACUUGAACAUCUCAAUCAAAUUUGAUGGAGUAGGUAGAUCCUCCCUAUAUGUAGAGGUCACCCACUCAGCACAGAGGAUGAGAAUGUCACCAUGCCUGAUGUGGCUGUGCUGACUUUCUGUUCACACCUAAAUUAACCUUGUUGAUUAACCUGUGGUCGAUAUUCAAACCUAAUACAAUGCCAGCAUUCAUGUAGAUCAUCAAAUUGCUAUCCAAUACUUCCUCUGGUAUUGUAUAUCUUAUCAUUGUCAAUUCUAAUUAAAUUAAAGGUUUGACGUGAUGGCCGAUCAAUAACAUCACCACACUUGAAUAUUUACCAGAGAUUAUACAUAUUUUAGUUGAUUUUAGAUUUCUGUGUUGUCAACUCUCACUGGCAGACAUUACCAAUUAAACAUAGCUGCCUUCCAAUUAAUUAGUAUACUGUAGCAUCAAGUGUUUUUCAGACCGCUAAAAUGACUAGCAAUUAGGUUCUCAGUAUCACCCACCUCCACAAACACCUUCAGAGGGAUAUUAUGAGGAGCCAACCCACUGUAUCUCCACAAAAUGGUGGUUUAACAUAAUAUAUGGUCUCAUAAAUGGGAAAUAGAGGCGACAGAAGAAAGCCAAUCAAUGGUAAAGAUCAGUGAUCAAUAGAGUGAUCCCCAGAUCAUCAUUACAGACAUCUUGUAUCUUUAUGAUCCAAUAACUUACACUCUUAGAAAAAAGGUGCUAAAUAGAACCAUACAGGGUUCUUUGGUUUGUCCCCAUAGGGGAUCCAUUUUUGGUGCUGGAUCCCUCUAUGGAGGGUUCUUUAAAAAAAACACUAUGGUUCUACCUAGAACCCUCUAUGAAGGGUUCUGCCUAUAACUAUUUUGUCAUCUAAAGGUUCUUCCUAGAACCGUCUAUGAAGGGUUCUACCGAGAACCCUUUUAUCUUUGGAGGGUUCUUCCUAGAGCCCUCUAUGAAUGGGUAUUAGCCUUUAUAUUUUAAUUAUAUAUGACAAUACAUUACAUAUAUUGCAUUCGGAAAGUAUUCAGACCCCUUAACUUUUUCCACAUUUUGUUACGUUACAGCCUUAUUCUAAAAUGCUAAUUUAUAAAAAAUAAAAAACAGAAAUACCUUAUUUACAUAAGUAUUCAGACCCUUUGCUAUGAGACUCGAAAUUGAGCUCAGGUGCAUCCUGUUUCCAUUGGUCAUCCUUGAGAUGUUUCUACAACUUGAUUGGAGUCCACCUGUGGUAAAUUCAAUUGAUUGGACAUGAUUUGGAAAGGCACACACCUGUCUAUAUAAGGUCCCACAGUUGACAGUGCAUGUCAGAGCAAAAACCAAGCCAUGAGGUCAAUGGAAUUGUCCCUAGAGCGCUGAGACAGGGUUGUGUCAAGGCACAGAUCUGGGGAACGGUACCAAAAAAUGUCUGCAGCAUUGAAGUUCCCCAAGAACUCAGUGGGUUCCAUCAUUCUUAAAUGGAAGAAGUUUGGAACCACCAAGACUCUUCCUAGAUCUGGCCGCCCGGUCAAACUGAGCAAUCGGGGGAGAAGGGCCUUGGUCAGGGAGGUGACCAAGAACCUGAUGGUCACUCUGACAGAGCUCCAGAGUUCCUCUGUGGAGAUGGGAGAACCUUCCAGAAGGACAACCAUCUCUGCAGCACUCCACCAAUCAGGCCUUUAUGGUAGAGUGGCCAGUCAGAAGCCACAUCUCAGUAAAAGGCACAUGACAGCCUGCUUGGAGUUUGCCGAAAGGCACCUAAAGGACUCUCGGACCAUGAGAAACAAGAUUAUCUGGUCUGAUGAAACCAAGAUUGAACUCUUUGGCCUGAAUGCCAAGCAUCACAUCUGGAGGAAACCUGGCACCAUCCCUACGGUGGAGCAUGGUGGUGGCAGCAUCAUGCUGUGGGGAUGUUUUUCAGCGGCAGGGACUGGGAGACUAGUCAGGAUCGAGGAAAAGAUGAACGGAGCAAAGUAUAGAGAGAUCCUUGAUGAAAACCUGCUCCAGAGUGCUCAGGACCUCAGACUGGGGCGAAGGUUCACCUUGCAACAGGACAACGACCCUAAGCACACAGCCAAGACAAUGCAGGAGUGGCUUCGGCACAAGUUUCUGAAUGUCCUUGAGUGGUCCAGCCAGAACCCGAUCGAACAUCUCUGGAGGGACCUGAAAAUAGCUGUGCAGCGACGCUCCCCAUCCAACCUGACAGAGCUUGAGAGGAUCUGCAGAGAAGAAUGGGAGAAAAUCCCUAAAUACAGGCGUGCCAAGCUUGUAGCCUCAUACCCAAGAAGACCUGAGGCUGUAAUCGCUGAGUAAAGGGUCUGAAUACUUACAGUAUGUAAAUGUGAUAUUUCUGUUUUUUUGCUAAAACAUCUAAAAACGUGUUUUUGCUUUGUCGUUAUGGGGUAUUGUGUGUAGAUAAUCAAUUUUCGAAUAAGGCUGUAACGUAAAAAAAUGUGGAAAAAGUCAAAAGGUCUGAAUACUUUCCGAAUGCACUGUAUAUCAUAUUUGAGGGCCUGGUUAUACCCUAACACAGUGGUUAUAGGAAUCUCCUGGUUUACAGGCCACAUCAGGCCUGCAAGUCACAUUAUGCUGGCUUUCAAAGUUAUAUAUAAUUCCUAUUGGAAUCCAGACAGAGUUAGGAUAUCCAACAAGUGGAAUUGUUAAUCACCCGCAACCUACAUUCAGAAUGACUGCCAGGGUAGGGAAGGUUGAAUACUGAGACAACCUCAAUAAUUUCAACUGGAACAACCAUCUCAGUAACGGGUGCAAUAAAUCCAAUUACUAGCUGCUUGGAUUAGUUUAGAAAACAGUAUGUUAUUUAUCUUUGUGUACCAUACAAUUAAUCAACCAAUCAAUGUACAUGCAAAAACACAGAUAUUACAUUAAAACAAACCAUUCUGAAAAUCUCCCUGCAAUAGAGCAUGCUGGGAAAUAUUAUAUAUGGUUCUAUGUAGAACCCUUCUUGCCUUCCAAAGAAUCCUUCUUGCCUUCCAAAUAAUAAUCAAAGAACCCUAUCUUCCAAAAACGGUUCUUAGGAUGUUAAAGGUUCUAGGUAGAACCCGCAUUCAACCAUGGCAAGGUGACUGGGAAUAUGGCAAAAUACAAACAGUGUAGCUACUCACUCCGCAAGGCAAUUAAACUAGCAAAACAUCAGUAUAGAGACAAAGUGGAGUCGCAAUUCAACGGCUCAGACAUGAGAUGUUUGUAGCAGGGUCUACAGACAAUCACAGACUACAAAAGGAAAACCAGCCACAUCGCCGACACCGACGUCUCGCUUCCAGACAAGCUAAACACCUUCUUCGCCCGCUUUGAGGAUAACACAGUGCCACUGACGAGGCCCACUACCAAGGACUGUGGCCUCUCCUUCUCCAUGGCCGACGUGAUUAAGACAUUUAAGCAUGUUAACCCCCGCAAGGCUGCCGGCCCAGACGGCAUCCCUAGCCGCGUCCUCAGAGCAUGCACAGACCAGCUGGCUGGUGUGUUUAUGGACAUAUUCAAUCUCUCCCUUUCCCAGUCUGCUGUUCCCACAUGCUUCAAGAUUGCCACCAUUGUUCCUGGACCCAAGAAAGCAAAGGUAACUGAACUAAAUGACUAUCGCCCUGUAGCACUCACCUCUGUCAUCAUGAAGUGCUUUAAGAGACUAGUCAAGGAUCAUAUCACCUCUACCUUACCUGUCACCCUAGACCCACUUUAAUUUGCUUACCGCCCCAAUAGAUCCACAAACGAUGCAAUCGCCAUCACACUGCACACUGCCCUAUCCCAUCUGGACAAGAGGAAUACCUAUGUAAGAAUGCUGUUCAUUGACUAUAGCUCAGCAUUCAACACCAUAGUACCCUCCAAGCUCAUCAUUAAGCUCGAGGCCCUGGGUUUGAACCCCGCCCUGUGCAACUGGGUCCUGGAAUUCCUGACGGGCCGCCCCCAGGUGGUGAAGGUAGGAAACAACAUCUCCACUUCGCUGAUCCUCAACACUGGGGCCCCACAAGGGUGCGUGGUCAGCCCCCUCCUGUACCCUCUGUUCACCCAUGACUGCGUGGCCAAGCACGCCUCCAACUCAAUCAUCAAGUUUGCAGACUACACAACAGUAGUAGGCUUGAUUACCAACAAUGACGAGACCGCCUACAGGGAGGAGGUGAGGGCUCUGGGAGUGUGGUGCCAUGAAAAUAACCUCUCACUCAACAUCAACAAAACAAAGGAGAUGAUCGUGGACUUCAGGAAACAGCAGAGGGUGCACCCCCCUAUCCACAUCGACGGGACCGCAGUGGAGAAGGUGGAAAGCUUAGAGUUCCUUGGCGUACACAUCACCGACAAACUGAAACGGUCCACCCACACAGACAGUGUGGUGAAGAAGGCGCAACAGAGCCUCUUCAACUUCAGGAGGCUAAAGAAAUUCGGAUUAGCACUUAAAACCCUCACAAACAUUUACAGAUGCACAAUUGAGAGCAUCCUGUCGGGCUGUAUCACCGCCUGGUACGGCAACUGCACCGCCCGCAACCGCAGGGCUCUCCAGAGGGUGGUGCGGUCUGCCGAACGCAUUACCAGGGGCAAACUACCCGCCCUCCAAGACACAUACAGCACUCGAUGUCACAGGAAUGCCAAAAAGAUCAUCAAGGACAUCAACCACCCGAGCCACCGCCUGUUCACCCCGCUAUCAUCCAGAAGGCGAGGUCAGUACAGGUGCAUCAAAGCUGGGACCGAGAGAAUGAAAACAGCUUCUAUCUCAAGGCCAUCAGACUGUUAAAUAGCCAUCACUAGCACAUUAGAGGCUGCUGCUGCCUAUUGAAAUCACUGGCCUUUAAGAAAUGGAACACUAGUCACUUUAAUAAUGUUUACAUAUCUUGCACUACUCAUCUCAUAUGUAUAUACUGCAUUCUAUUCUAUAAUAUUCUACUGUAUUUUAGUCCAUGCCGCUCUGUCAUUGCUUGUCCAUAUAUGUAUAUAUACUUCAAUCCCAUUCCUUACUAGUUUUGUGUGUAUUGGGUAUAUGUUGUGAAAUUGUUAGAUAUUACUUGUUAAAUAUUACUGCACUGUCGGAGCUAGAAGCACAAGCAUUUCGCUACACCCGCUAUAAUAUAUCUGCUAAACAUGUGUAUGUGACAAAUACAAUUUGAUUUGAUUUUAUCAGAUCAAUAGGGUAGAACCCUAUUGCUCCGCAAAGAACACUUUUGGAACCCUUUUUUGUUUAGGGUAGAAUUCCUCCUCCUGAACGCCUUCCUCAAACCAUCACGAAGUAUGAGAUAAAAAGCAGUUAUUUUAUUUUGCCUUAAUGAUAUCAGCCAAGUCGAUACACUGUUGAGAAUUCAGACACUGAUGAUAUGGCACUGACCCAACAUCAAUGCAAUUACAUAUUUCUGUCACAUCAGCAUAAUGACCAUAUUCAAGACCAAAAGCAUAUUCUUCCUAAUUUCCUUAAAUUACACACAGACAGGAAUUGAUUGGUCCUCUAUUGACCAUUUUUUUGCCCUUAAUAAUGCAUUUUUCAAGUGUCAGCAGCAGCACUACAACAUAAUGUUGCCUCAAUAUCCCAGACAGUGUUGAGCUCAGCGCUGGAUGUCCACGGUCCAUAACUGAACAAUACAAUUCAGAAGUUUUCAUGAAUGUUGCUGCAGACCGUGAGGAGGAUUACCCAAUACCACAGGAUGCUGCGUUUAUAGUGGCUUGGACAACAAAAACAAACAUGCCUCAGAUAACUGUAUCCCUUUGUGAACCAUACUUAAACUUAAUUACGCUGUCUGUGAAAAUUGGCCCAGCAAUUAAGCCCUGUGAUAUAAUCUUCUCUAAAACUGACCUUUGUACUCUCACAUAUUUAAUUGAACACAUUAAAGAUAGCGGCUAAUGGUAUUAAAACCUUUUCUAAUUAGGGACCUGAGCAAUGAGGGUUAUUUUUUCCCCUUCCUUGUGUUCUUCUGUUCCGCCGGUCGGUCUAUUCCCUCCCUGCACACUGCCGCCUACAGCUUGUUAGAUAAAGGCAGUGGUUGCAAGGUCAAGUUCACAGUGAGGAGGAAUUGGCCACCAUUCUGCAUUAGCAUAAAUCCAUGUGAGCACAGCAUUCAGCGUCACUGUCAGGUGUGAGAAUGUAAUAAUAAAUGUUGGUCUUAGACACUCUCUCUCUCUCUCUCUCUCUCUCUGGAGUGAACUUCCAAUGCAUGUCUGGUGCAAACAUAUUAAGGCAGUUUGCCUGUUGGGAGCAUUCAUUAAUUAGAUGUAGGAUUUAUAUCAUUUGGUCAUGGAGGGAAAUGGGAUUGCAUUCUGAGAUUGAUUUUAAUUAUGUGCAUUUGUAGCAGUUUACCAAUAACUUAGACCGAACUACACAAGUAACUAACAGAAGUAUAUUAUGUUCUGUAUCCUAUUUAAGUACUACACAGAUUAGAAAUGUCUUAAUCUGUGCAUAUUUAUUCAUGUCAUAUCUACACUGUUUGUAUUUGUGCGCAAAUUAAAAGGUGUAAAUGUUCAAACAUAACUGUGUAAUUGUGUUACAAUGAAAUGGUCAUGUAUGGUAAUGUAUGUGUAUAUUCUCAUCAAUGUCAACCUCUUGUGUUGUUGUGUUGCAGGCAUUUCCUGUUCAAACAUGGCUCAGGCUCCUCUGCCCUGUUCAGCGCUGCCAGUCAGAACUACCCUCUGACAUCUAACACAGUGUACUCCCCACCCCCACGGCCCCUACCCAGGAGCACCUUCUCCAGACCCAUGUUCACUUUCAACAAGCCCUACAAGUGCUGCAACUGGAAAUGCACCGCAUUAAGUGCCACCGCUAUCACCAUAACCCUCGCCCUCCUGCUUGCAUAUGUCAUUGGUAAGUCGGGUAUUUCUCCCUAUCUAUAUUAUCUAUCUCUAUAUUUUACUGAACAAUUCAGUACAGUACAAUAUCAGACAGCAUAACGUUUCCACUUGUCUGUAAGAUAAAUGAAGCAAACAUUCCUUAAGUUCUAUCAGAGGCUAAUCAUUUUUCAAGGUUUUGAAACCCAUUAAACAUACCAUAAUUCAUUGGACAGUGACAUUUUUUUGUUUGUUAUUUUGUUUCUGUACUCUAGCACUUUGAGUUUGAAAGGAUACAAUGACAAUGAGGGUGAAGUGCAGACUGUCAGCUUUAAUUUGAGGGUAUUUUCAUACAUAUCGGAUGAACCGUUUAGAAAUUAUAGAAGCUUUUGUACAUGGUCCCCCCCAUUUUCGGGCAUCAAAAAACAUUGGACAGUUUAACAUAAUGUAGAAUAAAGUAAUCAUUGUUAAUAUUUGGUCGCAUAUCCUUUGCAUGCAAUGACUGCUUGACGUCUGCGAUGUAUCGACAUCACCAGACGCUGGGUAUCUUCCCUGGUGAUACUCUGCCAGGCCUGUACUGCAGCCAUCUUCAGUUCCUGCUUGUUUCGGAGAUAAUUGCCUUCAGUCUCCUCUUCAGCAUGUAAAAUGCAUGUUCAAUUGGAUUCAGAUCCGGUGAUUGACUCGGCCAGUCAAGGAUUUUCCACUUUUUGGCCAUCAAAAACCCCUUCGUUGCUCUAGCAGUGUGUUUAGGGUCAUUGUCUUGUUGCAUGAUGAAGUGCCGUUCAAUGAGUUUGGAGGCAUUUGGUUUUAUCUGAUUAGAUAAAAUAUUUCUGUAGACUUCAGAAUUCAUUGUUCUACUUCUGUCUGCAGUCACAUCAUCGAUGAAGACAAGUGAGCCUGUUCCACUGGCAGCCAUACAGGCCCAAGCCAUAACACCCCCUCCACCAUGUUUCACGGAUGAGGUGGUAUGCUUUGGAUCAUGGGCAUUUAUUUUUUUUCUCCACACUUUCCUCUUUCCAUCACUCUGGUACAUGUUAAUCUUUGUCUCAUCUGUCCACAAUACUUUUUUCCAGAACUCUUGGGGCUCUUUUAGGUGCUUUUUAGCAAACUGUAAUCUCGCCUUUCUGUUCUUCAGGCUUAUCAGUGGUUUGCAUCUUGUAGUGUUCCCUCUGUAGUCCUGCUGGUGUAGUCUUCUACGUAUGGUAGACUUUGACACAUCUACACCUGCAUCCAGGAGAGUGUUUUUGAUCUGUUGGGCUGUUGUCAGGGGGUUUUCUUCACCAUAGAGAGUAUUCCACUACAGGGGUCUUCCUCGGCUACCGGGUCUUUUGACAUAAUUGAGUUGUUUUUUUGUUGUUAAUGAUGAACCAAACUGUUGACUUGGGCAUGGCCAGGGUUUUUGCAAUGUUCCUGAUUGAUUGAUUUUCAUUUCUGAGCCUUAUGACGGCCAGCUUCAUUUUCAUCGACACUGCUGUCUUCCUCAUGUUGUCACACCCCAACAACAACCUCCAAAGGCAAUAGCAAAGUCUAGAAUCAAUACUAUUCAUCAACAGCUCUCCUGCAUUCACUAACGACACAAAUGAAUACACCUGCCUAACGACACACAUCUGUGAAGCCAAUUUAACAAAUACUUGUAAUACCUUAAAAUGGGGGGACCAUGUACAAAAGGUGCUGUCAUUUCUAAACGGUUCAUCCGAUAUGUAUGAAAAUACCCUCAAAUUAAAACUGACAGUCUGCACUUCACCCUCACCCUCAUUGUCAUUGUAUCCUUUCAAACUCAAAGUGCUAGAGUACAGAACCAAAAAAACAAAAGAAUGGUCAAUGUCCAAUGAAUUAUGGUGCUCACUGUAUAAUGGUAGUUGGAUUUGUAUAAUGAUGUUGUUUUUGUACUGUAGCUGUCAAAAUGGUUGUGUUCAGAGGUGUCAUGCCCAUAGGGGGCACUGGGGCACGUGCCCCCUCAGAUUUGUCCUGUUUAAAAAUAUAUAGAUUUUUUGUUUGUUUAAUUUGUUGUUGUUGUUUCUUUGUAAUACUACUAGCCACCUAGCAAUUUUAUGAAGUUGGCUUAAGCUAUACCAGAUAGGUUCCCAACCUCCCAACCUCAUAACUAGCUACCAAGAAGCCAUUUCAGGCUAUCAAUCAAGUUAGAGUAGCUAGCUUGUCUAACUAUCUUAGCUGGAAUGCUGGCUGGCAAGGUUGGUAGACUUUAGAAAAGCAAGCAAUUACUAAAUGUAAUAAAUAAGACUCACAUUCCUUUCAAUAUUUUACCCAGAUUUUAGCAGAGAUGCAGAGAAACAUAUUUAGUUUCUUUUAAAAAAAUAACCACCCGUCAAGAGGAUACAGACGUAAAAUCAAAUCAAAUGUUAUUUGUCACAUGCGCCAAAUACAACAAGUGUAGACUUUACUGUGAAAUGCUUACUUACGAGCCCUUUCCCAAGAAUGCAGAGUUAAAAAGUAAGAAAAUUAGCACACAAAAAAAUGAAAAAGUAACACAAUAUAAUCACAAUAACGAGGCUAUAUACAAGGAGUACCGGUACUGAGUCAUUUUGCUGGGAGUACGAGGUAGUUGAGGUGAUUGAGGUAAUAUGUACAGGUAGGGGUAAAAGUGACUAGGCAAUCAGCAUAGAUAAUAAACAGAGAAGCAGCAGCAUGUGUGAAGCGUGUGAAAGUGUGUCUAUAUGUGAGGUAUGCUUAGAUAUGCAGAAAAAUAUACAUAUUUUUUACAUAGAAUUAAGCAUAAUGAUUAUGGCUUUAGAUUGCAGGGAAAAGCUGUUUCAGGUGUUUUAAAAACAUUCUGAAAUCUACCAACUUCCGGACGGGGGGACUAUCCCUCCUCCGGACCACCCCCAGCCAUCCUCAUGUACUUUGUGCACCCUCAGAUUUUUGGGGUGCAUGAUGUCCCUGGUUGUGUUCUUGUCCUUGUCCCAUUGAAACUGUAAGAAGCAGUAUUUGGACUAAGAGACAAGCAGAAAAGGACAGAUAGACUGUUACGUAACAAUACAUUAUGUAGCUAUUGGUCUUGUUUAGCCUUUAUUCCAGAGUAUGACAAAUACCAUGUACCAAGUAGGUACAUCAGUAGUGAUAGUUACAUAAUACUUCCCACUGUUUCCAAGAAAAUACAAAACAGUGCAGUGCCAAAGUGACACUGUAAGUAAUAUAUGCCAUUUAGCAGAUGCUUUUAUACAAAGCAAUUUAACUAAUGCGUGCAUACAUUGUACUAAUGGGUGGCCCCGGAAAUCGAACCCAAAACCCUGGCGGUGCAAGCGCCAUGCUCUACCAACUGAGCCAUACAGCACCAAGUAGGCCUACUCCAUAACUGCAUGGACUUACUAGUGUACAGGACAGUGUAGUUACAUAUAUUAUUACACUGGUAGUUACUCUAUAUGGCCUGUGUCAAGUGUAGCUGAAUAUUGGUAUUUGAUCAAGAGAAAGUGUUACUUUGUUACAACCUUGUUUCUGUCAAUAUGUCCAUUGUAGAUCCAGAUAUCAAUCAGGUCAAAUUUGCCUACUAUGUUCACUGAGAUUAUCAAUAAACCAUACCAUUGAAGAUACUCUAGAUUUUGAAUAAACCUUUGAUUUGGAGCCUCUCAUUCAUUUCUCAUUAGAUGAUCCUUACCUAGUGAUCAGAGAGCAACAAAAGAUUGGUCGUUCAAGGUCUGUAGCUAUGAAUAUAACAUCGAAGGCCUUGUCUUUAAGUCUGGCGUGAUAUUAAUAUGAGAGCAUUGUAACCUUCGUGUGCCAUAUCUAUGGAUGGCUCUGACCCAUAGAUGUCUGUGUGUUCUUCCUAAUUGAGAUGAUGACAUUAAGCUUCCAACGGUAGAUCAAUAAAGAUAUUAGGAAAUGCAACACAGAGCAAGAUUGAAGACUCUAGACCUCCAAUUUCGAUCCUCAGACUUGUAAUUUACUAAAUUGCAUGACCAUGCAUUAACAGCCCUUUAAUAAGGCCGUUUCAAAGGCAGCCAUCAGCCUAUAGCGUGCAUGCGAGGGAUCGGGAUUGUAAAUCCCCCGCUGUCUAACAAAUGUUGACUGCAUCUUAUCAGCUCUGCCUUAUUAUUCAUUCUUCUACUUUAAAUUCUACAUUACCAAUUUUGAUUUGACAAAAUACAAAUCCAUAUGGCUACAGUAGUAGGCUACAUAAAUAAAAUGCUGAGUAAUUUCCGGAGUUUGAAAUAGUGGCAAACAGCUUUGAAAUGAGCCGCUAUAUGUUAAUUCCAUCUAGUUAUUAGGCAAUCAGUCCAAAUCGUAAACAAGCAGAUGUACUGUCAUCACGAAUAAUGUUGCUAUUGUACAUAAACAUGUCAAAGAAAUAACAAAGGUGGAAAAUCUAUUACCCACAAGUCUCUGCUCGGUGGUGAAACAUCACAAAUCUCAGUGAACAUGGAAGGUGCCAGUCAUCACAAAUCACAGAAAACAUGGCUCUCUCUGUGCCUUGACACUCUGUGCCUUUAUGGCUUUGCUUGAUGGUACCAUUGGUGUGAUCAACCCUGUUAUUUAUUUAUCUAUUGUAUUUAUCUGUUUUGGUUAAUGCUAGUCCAGACCCCAGAAGAGACAUCAGCAUGGUAUUUGUUUGCUGUAGUCACAGCAGGACAGCAGUGGCUGGGCUGGAGCAGCCAGUUGUAACAUUUGCAUUUCAGCGAUUUGCUUUGUUUACUGCUGAGCAUACAUCCAUCUCUUUAAAUUGACAAUAUUUGUCUUCAUAAGACUCCAUCCCAAGCACAUUUAUGCACAUUUUGCCAAAUCAUAUGGUGAAUGUAUCAUAAUUUGUAACUGAUUUGCAAAUUAUUGUGAUAUGUUCCAAUUCUAGCACAACAUUAAAACAAAAGGUAACACACUGGCGCUUGGGUAGGGCACAUCUCACUUUAUUCUCCACUUGUGGAAGUUGUCAGUAAAAUAACUAAACACACGUUUCUAAAGAGAAUGCAUUGCUGUUUGAACAGAAAGCUUAGAAAUCUAGUAGGUGGUGGGGCCAGUAACAAUCCAGGACAAUCUGCAUUUGACAAUUUGUAGACCCCCACCAUACAGCUAUUUAAGCUGCAACUGAAUUUUCCUUUGACUUCACACAACAUAAUGAGAGGAAUGCCUCAAAGACAACGGUGACAUGUCAUUGUGUCAUACUUAGAGAAGGCACACAAGCCCCAGGGCGAUGAAUGAAUGAUGAAAGGAGAGAAAUAGAAGAACAUGCAGGCAUACUGCUGAUAUAGCACGGUAAGCCACACUGUCUGACUGACUGGGAGUAAAUACCAACUACUUCAUUCUCCUCAGAAACACUCUUAAUUCACUAAGGGGACAACCUGGUGCUAAUUAAAAUACUCCAAAAUGUCACCUACAUACCCAGAGGUGAUAUGCGCUGAAGAGAAAGUUACCGUUGCCUGUAAGUACGCUGUCAAUGCAGGAAGGAACAAUGUCUCCCCUGCCACCUCAACCACCUCCAUCACCCCUUUCUCUCUCCUCUUCUGUCUCCAUUUAUCUCUCCUCCUCUGUGUCUGUGAUUGAGUUAUCCCACAGCGGUUCUUCUAACUGCAACACUUAACCUGUUUAUUAGUGCAAUAACUUAUAAGCAAUAAAACUCACCUACCUUUUGAAGAGUUUUUUUGGUAUUGAGUAAAGGAAAAGCCCUAAUGAAGUUUAGAUAUCUCUCUCCAAGGUGUAUUGACAGACUGCGACUCAGAAAGGGGAACACUGUUCCUGGGAGAAAAUUAAACGUUUUGAUUUUUUCAGUUCAUUAGGGCACUGUAAAGGAUAGCUGUCAGCUGUGGUAUUGGUUUAACAGACUGAAAAGUGUUAGGAUCAAUAAGACUGAGUAAUGUCACAGGGUCCGAGUCAGAGUCUCUGUGUUGAAAGGGAACUGGGCAGCCAAGGAAUUUAUGAUUCCAGGCGACUUGCCUUGAAGGUAGCAGACCUUUCAUGCCUCAUUGUGAUCGUAUUGAUCGAUUCAUUUUCUCUUCAGUGUCUCAUUAGUAUUCUGGUCGUGGCUCUAUAAACCAAACAAUGCCCUUUUUGAAGAGAGCGGAGGCUGGGGUGCAGGGGGCAGGCAGUGAAUUAUUUCACCCAGUACAGGGAAGUUUAGAUCAAGUGCCAAUCUACUGGAACUGACACCUCUCCUGAAGCUCAGAAUUGACUUUGAGGACAGUAGGUGUAGGACUAAUACUAAUCACACUGGUAUUAGGAAGUAUCUUUUCCCCGUACUCAACCAUGUUUAAUGAACCACUUCCUAGUAUUGGUCAACAAUAGAGACCAUAGGCAGAGGCUAUAUGUCAUACUGAAACAUGCUCUGGUAAUAAUGAACACAAAAAUCAAUCUGCCAUGAUAAUGUGGUAAGAAUAACCUUAAUAGUGUAUUUUUGCCACUAUGCCCACCAGAGCUGACUGGCUCUGGUUCAGUUCCUUAGAGAACACCUUUUUAACAGUACAAAGUGUCAAACGUCUGCAUACUGGCAGCUAUAUUGACAAAAAGAGCCAAGUAUGACUUACCUUUUGGGCUCCCGAGUGGCGCAGCGGUCUAAGGCACUGCAUCUCAGUACUUGAGGCGUCACUACAGACCCCCUGGUUCGAUUCCAGGCUGUAUCACAACCAGCCGUGAUUGGGAGUCCCAUAGGGCAGUGCCCAAUUGGCCCAGCGUCGUCUGGGUUUGGCCGGUGUAGGCCGUCAUUGUAAAUAAGAAUUUGUUCUUAACCGACUUGCCUAGCUAAAUAAAGGUUAAAUAAAAUAAAAAAAUAAAACCUUUCAUGUUUUGUCCUCUGGUGUUACCGUGCCAAUAUGGGGUCUCACCUGAUUAAGCAGGUCUUUACUUUCAGAUGAGUUGCUGCUAAUGUUACUGUAGGUGACUGUGUCCCAUAGCUUUAAUGCAAAUCAAUGCAAUUCCAUCCUCCUUUUGAAAUUAUAGUGGCAUAAUUCUUUGGGUUCUGGUCCUACUGUAUAGAGAGCCUUCAGAAAGUAUUCACACCCCUUGACCUUUUCCAAAUGUUGUUGUGUUACAGCUUGAAUUUAAAAUUGAUUAAAUUAAGAUUUUGUGUCACUGGCCUACACACAAUACUCCAUAAUUUUACAAAUUAAUCAAAACGAAAAGCUGAUAUGUCUUGAGUCAAUAAGUAUUAAAUCCCUUUCUUAUGGCAAGCCUAAAUAAGUUCAGGAGUAAAGGUUUGCUUAACAAGUCAAAUAAUAAGUUGCAUGGACUCACUCUGUGUGCAAUAAUAGUGUUUAACAUGAUUUUUGAAUGACUAUCUCAUCUGUACCCCACACAUAAAAUUAUCUGUAAGGUCCCUCAGUCGAGCAGUCAAUUUCAAACACAGAUUCAACCACAAAGACCAGGUAGGUUUUCCAAUGCCUCGCUAAGGGCACCUAUUGGUAGAUGGGUAAAAGUAAAAAAGCAGACAUUGAAUAUCCCUUUGAGCAUGGUGAAGUUAUUAAUUACACCCCAGUCUAAGGUCCUGAGUGCUCUGGAGCAGGUUUUCAUCAGGGAUCUCUCUGUACUUUGGCCCGUUCAUCUUUCCCUCGAUCCUGACUACUCUCCCAGUCACUGCCGCUGAAAAACAUCCCCACAGCAUGAUGCUGCCACCACCAUGCUUCACCGUAGGGAUGGUGCCAGGUUUCCUCCAGAUGUGACGCUUGGCAUUCAGGCCAAAGAGUUCAAUCUUGGUUUCCUCAGACCAGAGAAUCUCGUUUCUCAUGGUCUGAGAGUCCUUUAGGUGCCUUUUGGCAAACUCCAAGCGGGCUGUCAUAUGCCUUUUACUGAGGAGUGGCUUCCGUCUGGCCACUCUACCAUAAAGGCCUGAUUGGUGGAGUGCAGCAGAGAUGGUUGUCCUUCGGGAAGGUUCUCCCAUCUCCACAGAGGAACUCUGGAGCUCUGUCAGAGUGACCAUCAGGUUCUUGGUCACCUCUCUGACCAAGGCCCUUCUCCCCCGAUUGCUCAGUUUGGCUGGGCGGCCAGCUCUAGGAAGAGUCUUGGUGGUUCCAAACUUCUUCCAUUUAAGAAUGAUGGAGGCUACUGUGUUCCUGGGGACCUUCAAUGCUGCAGAAAUGUUGUGGUACCCUUCCCCAGAUCUGUGCCUCGAUACAAUCCUGUCUCGGAGCUCUACAGACAAUUCCUUCGACCUCAUGGCUUGGUUUUUGCUCUGACAUUGCACUGUCAACUGUGGGACCUUAGGUAGGUGUGUGCCUUUCCAAAUAUUGUCCAAUCAAUUAAAUGUACCACAAGUGGACUCCAAUCAAGUUGUAGAAACAUGCACUGUAAGUCAGUGGAAGUAAAUACUACUUUACCCAGCUUCAACUAUUACUACUGCAACUGCUCAGUUGUACCACUACUAGUACUACUAAUAGUAACUCGUUAGCUAAUAUGGUGUGGGAGGCAGCCAGUUCCAUGUGAUGCUUUUAGUCUGUGAACUGAACUGCGUUUAGAAAAAUACUCAUUGGAUUCCCGGUCUGUUUGAAACAAGAGUGGUGUUGGAUCCUGCACAUCCAGCCCCCUGCUGAGAAUCCAAUCCAGCGCUUGCUUUUCAUUACCCCUCGCCAAAGUCUUCCCACAGAUCUCUGCAGGGCACCAAUACAGAGUAAUGCAAACUGAUGCCCCCAGUAAUCUCACUAUCACAUGGAUAAAGCCCUGAUUUGUAGCUACUUUAAGACAAUGGUAUCGUCGUGGGGACCCAGUGUGGUGGGUCAACUGUUGAAUAUAACCUAAUUUUGCCCUCCAAACAUGCGGGUCGUGUGUUUUGCGAUUUCAUUCUUUCUGGGCACACUCACUGACAAGUUUACAGCGUUGCCUGUCAAAGGAUAACAGCUAUUGAUAAAACAUAAUUGGGCAGUGUGAUGCUUUAGGCAUUUAGCACUGGGUUUGCUCUACUUUAUGCCUCUAAAUUGGAAUAAGACUCAUCAUAAAUGUGCGGUGGAAAGACCUGAAGGUGCAAGUAGCUAUUUAGGUCUAUGGUCCUUUAAAAGUCACAUCUCAUACUAUCAUGUGUUUAUGGGAAACACUGGGUAGAGUUCUAAAAUGUACAUGUUGUACUUUUACACCAGACCUAAUUUGUACACAGCAUAUUAGUUUUGGGUUGUGUUGGUGCAUUGGAGAAUACAUUACUUUGUUGAUUCAUCAUUUAUUUUUCAAUGUCCAUUUAUUUUCCUGUAGAGCAAAAACUAUUGUAGGGGAUUAUUAUUUCUGUUUAUUAGCAACAAGAGGAUCAUAAUGUGAUUAUACGGUUUGGCCUGAAUCAAUUAACAAGUUACAAGACAAUAGUUCAAAUGUCACGAUCGUCGACAGAUGAAGCGGACCAAGGCGCAGCGUGAUAAGCGUACAUUCUUUAUUUGUGUACACACACGAACCAAAACAAUAAACCAAACGAUACGUGAAGUCCUAGGUUAUACACAAAACCCUACGGAACAAGAUCCCACACCAAACUAGUGAAAACAGGCUGCCUAAGUAUGGUCCCCAAUCAGAGACAACGAGCUACAGCUGUCUCUGAUUGGGAACCACCAUGGCCAACAUAGAUCAACACGAUCUAGAACCAAAAACAUAGAAAACAAAACAUAGAAAAUCCACACCCUGGCUCAACAUAUAAGAGUCCCCAGAGCCAGGGCGUGACAUCAAAGCAGCUUAAUAAAGAGGACACUGUAGUUGACUCCUGAGCCAAACAUUCCCUCUCUUUCUUAUUUACAGAGAAUAUCUAAUCAAAUCAUCUCUGCCUCAUUAUUGGCAGACCCCAAACAAAACUCUUAUCUAUUAUUGUGGCGAUAUGUUUCUCUCUCAAUUUCAUGACAACUAUACAGCUGUCUGUUUCUCUGGGUCUACCCAAGUAGAGGACAAGAGUUUAAUCUAAUUCUUCCCUCUAAACUGCAUAAUCAUUAUAUGCAUUAUACAUUUUAAAAGCAGGUACAAUCAAUUAUUCUUCCACUGAAUAUGUAAAACAGAUGCAAAUUGGUGUGAACUACUUUCACUCUAAUUAGGCAUUCCCUCUCAGCUGGCUGCUUAAAAAAAACUAUAUUUUUCAACAGGCAUUCUUUAAGACCUUCCCCCAAUAUGACUGGCCUAGCUGCGUUUUAAAAACAGAUGAAAAGGAAAAUGCUUUGAAGCAGUCUGGGGUGAAUUAUAUUGAUCUGCGUAUCUAAAUGCUGCACUAGUGAGUGAAUGGCUGUUAUACAGAGCAGCACCUUUCUGAAAAACACACUCUCUCUCCACCAUGGCUAAUCAGUGCAGAGGAGUCAUGCUGGGUUAGUGGUUUGUUAAGGCUUAUGAAACGGGUGGUAUAGUAGUUAGCUGCUAAUUAUCCUGCUCUCCUCUCUCCCUUUGGUAGUUAGGUGUUUCUGUUUUGUUUUGAAUUUAUACUGAACAAAAAUAUAUACGCAACAUGUAAAGUGUUGGUCCCAUGUUUCAUAAGCUGAAAUGAAAGAUCGUAGAAAUGUUCCAUACGCACAAAAAGCUUAUUUCUCUAAAAUGUUGUGCACAAAUUUGUUUACAUCCCUGUUAGUGAGCAUUUCUCCUUUGCCAAGAUAAUCCAUCCACCUGACAGGUGUGGCAUAUCAAGAAGCUGAUUAAACAGCAUGAUCACAAGGUACACAGGUGCACCUUGUGCUGGGGGCAAUAAAAGGCCACACAACACAAUGUCACAGAUCUUGUUUAGAAUGGGGCCGGAGCAGAUGGCUGCCGUUUUAUGGGCUCCUAAUCAAUUGUGAUAUUGUGUGUGUUUUUUCGUGUUAUUUGUAACUUAUUUUGUACAUAAUGUUUCUGCCACCGUCUCUUAUGACCUAAAAGUGCUUCUGGAUAUCAGGACAGCGAUUACUCACCUCGUGCUGGACAACAAUUUUUUCUUAAACGAGUCGGACGCAAAGGAUUUUCUUCAGACACCCGACAAGGCACAAAUCCCCUCAUUCGCAUGAGAAAGAGACAGAGAUAUCGGGGACGUAGGUCCGGGUGCUUUGUAAGGAUCCGACGGCGAGUGGGUAAUCUGCCUCUACCAUCAGUCCUAUUAGCCAACGUACAAUCAUUGGAUAACAAAAUAGACGAACUACGAUCACAGAUAUCCUACCAAUGGGACAUUAAAAGCUGUAAUAUCUUAUGUUUCACCGAAUCGUGGCUGAACGACGACAUGGAUAACAUACAGCUGGCGGGAUAUACGCUGCAUUGGCAAGAUAGAACAGCUGCCUCCGGUAAGACAAGGGGUGGCGGUCUGUGUAUAUUUGUAAACAACAUCUGGUGCACGAAAUUUGAUUUAAGGAAGUCUCGAGGUUUUGCUCACCUGAGGUUGAGUAUCUCAUGAUAAGCUGUAGACCACACUAUUUACCAAGAGAGUUUUCAUCUAUAUUUUUCAUAGCUGUCUAUUUACCACCACAAACCGAUGCUGGCACUAAGACUGCACUCAAUGAGCUGUAUAAGGCCAUAAGCAAACAGGAAAACGCUCACCCAGAGCUGGCGCUCCUAGUGGCCGGGGACUUUAAUGCAGGGAAACUUGAAUCCGUUUUACCUCAUUUCUACCAGCAUGUUAAAUGUGCAACCAGAGGGAAAAAAAACUCUAGACCACCUUUACUCCACACACAGAGAUGCAUACAAAGCUCUUCCUCGCCCUCCAUUAGGCAAAUCUCACCAUAACUCUAUCCUCCUGAUUCCUGCUUACAAGCAAAAACUAAAGCAGGAAGCACCAGUGACUCGGUCAAUAAAGAAGUGGUCAGAUGACGCAGAUGCUAAGCUACAGGACUGUUUUGCUAGCACAGACUGGGAUAUGUUCCGGGAUUCUUCCGAUGGCAUUGAGGAGUACACCACAUCAGUCGCUGGCUUCAUCUAUAAGUGCAUCGAUGACGUCGUCCCCAAAGUGACCGUACGUACCCCAACCAGAAGCCAUGGAUUACAGGAAACCUCCGCACUGAGCUAAAAGGUAGAGCUGCCACUUUCAAGGAGCGGGACUCUAACCCGGAUGCUUAGAAGAAAUCCCACUAUGCCCUCCGACGAACCAUCAAACAAGCUAAGCGUCAAUACAGGACUAAGAUUGAAUCGUACUACACUGGCUCCGACGCUCGUCGGAUGUGGCAGGACUUGCAAUCUAUUACAGACUAUGAAGGGAAGCACAGCCGCGAGCUGCCCGGUGACACGAGCCUACCAGAUGAGCUAAAUUACUUCUAUGCUCGCUUCGAGGCAAGCAACACUGAAGCAUGCAUGAGAGCAUCAGCUGUUCCGGACGACUGUUUGAUCACGCUCUCCGUAGCCGAUGUGAGUAAGACCUUUAAACUGGUCAACAUUCACAAGGCCGCAGGGCCAGAUGGAUUACCAGGAUGUGUACUCCGAGCAUGUGCUGACCAACUGGCAAGUGUCUUCACUGACAUUUUCAACCUGUCCCUGACUGAGUCUGUAAUGCCAACAUGUUUCAAGCAGACCACCGUAGUCCCUUUGCCCAAGAACACUAAGGUAACCUGCCUAAAUGACUACCGACCCGUAGCACUCACGUCUGUAGCCAUGAAGUGCUAUGAAAAGCUGGUCAUGGCUCACAUCAACACCAUUAUCCCAGAAACCCUAGACCCACUCCAAUUUGCAUACCGCCCCAACAGAUCCACAGAUGAUGCAAUCUCUAUUGCACUCCACACUGCCCUUUCCCACCUGGACAAAAGGAACACCUAUGUGAGAAUGCUAUUCAUUGACUACAGCUCAGCAUUCAACACCAUGCCCUCAAAGCUCAUCACUAAGCUAAGGACCCUGGGUCUAAACACCUCCCUCUACAACUGGAUCCUGGACUUCCUGAUGGGCCGCCCCCAGGUGGUAAGGGUAGGUAACAACACAUCUGCCACGCUGAACCUCAAUACGGGGGCCCCUCAGGGGUGCGUGCUCAGUCCCCUGCUGUACUCCCUGUACACCCAUGACUGCAUGGCCAGGCACGACUCCAACACCAUCAUUACGUUUGCCGAUGACACAAUUGUGAUUGUGGUAAUGUGGCACUAAGGAACUUGAAGCUCUCAACCGGCUCCGCUACAGCCCCCAUUCUCAUCGACGGAGCUUUAGUGGAGCAGGUUGAGAGCUUCAAGUUCCUUGGUGUCCACAUCAUCAACAAACUAUCAUGGUCCAAACACACCAAGACAGUCGUGAAGAGUGCACGACAAAGACUAUUCCCCCUCAGGAGACUGAAAAGAUUCGGCAUGGGUCCUCAGAUCCUCAAAAAGUUGUACAGCUGCACGAUCGAGAGCAUCCUGACUGGUUGCGUCACUGCCUGGUAUGGCAACUGCUUGGCCUCUGACCGCAGAGGGUAGUGCGUACGGUCUAGUACAUCACUGGGGCCAAGCUUCCUGCCAUCCAGGACCUCUAUACCAGGCGGUGUCAGAGGAAGGCCCUAAAAAUUGUCAAAGACUCCAGCCACCCUAGUCAUAGACUGUUCUUUCUGCUACCGCACGACAAGAGAUACCGGAGCACCAAGUCUAGGUCCAAAAUGGCUUCUUAACAGCUUCUACCCCAAAGCCAUAAGACUCCUGAACAGCUAAUCAAAUGCAUACCCGGACUAUUUGCAUUGUGACAAAUACAAUUUGAUUUGAUUUGAUCGCUCAAAUUUUGAGGGAGUGUGCAAUUGGCAUGCUGACUGCAGGAAUGUCCACCAGAGCUGUUGCCAGAGAAUUUAAUAUUAAUUUCUCUACCAUAUGCCCCCUCCAACAUCGUUGUAGAGAAUUUGGCCGUAAGUCCCAACCAGCCUCACAACCGCAGACCGCGUGUAACUACGCCAGCCCAGGACCUCCACAUCUGUCUUCUUCACCUGCGGGAUUGUCUGAGACCAGCCACCUGGACAGCUGAUGAAACUGUGGGUUUGCACAACCACAGAAUUUCUGCACAAACCGUCAAAAAACGUCUCGGGAAGCUAAUCUGCGUGCUCGUCGUCCUCACCAGGGUCUUGACCUGACUGAAGUUUGGUGUUGUAACCGACUUCAGUGGGCAAAUGCUCACCUUCGAAUGGCCACUGGAACGCUGGAGAAGUGUGCUCUUCACGGAUGAAUCCCGGUUUCAACUGUACCGGGCAGAUAGUGUGCGUGUAUGGCGUCGUGUGGGUGAGCGGUUUGCUGAUUUCAACGUUGUGAACAGAGUGCCCCAUGGUGGUGGUGGGGAUAUGGUAUGGGCAGGCAUAAGCUACGGACAACGAACACAAUUGCAUUUUAUCGAUGGCAAUUUGAAUGCACAAAGAUACCAUGACGAGAUCCUGAGGCCCAUUGUCGUGCCAUUCAUCUGCCGCCAUCACCUCAUGUUUCAGCAUGAUAAUGCACAGCCCCAUGUCACAAGGAUCUGCACACAAUUCCUGGAAGCUGAAAAUGUCCCAGUUCUUCCACAGCCUGCAUACUCACCAGACAUGUCACCCAUUGAGCAUAUUUGGGAUGCUCUGGAUCGACGUGUACGACAGCGUGUUCCUGUUCCCACCAAUAUCCAGCAAGUUCGCACAGCCAUUGAAGAGCAGUGGGACAACAUUCCACAGGCCACAAUCAACAGCCUGAUCAACUCUAUGCGAAGGAGAUGUGUCGUGCUGCAUGAGGAAAAUGGGGGUCACACCAGAUACUGACUGGUUUUCUGAUCCACACCCCUACCUUUUUCUUAAAGGUAUCUGUGACCAACAGAUGAAUAUCUGUAUUCCCAGUCAUGUGAUUUCCUUAUAUGAACUGUAACUCAGUAAAAUCUUUGAAAUUAUUGCAUGUUGCAUUUAUAUAUUUGUUCAGUGUAGUUAUUGCAUGUCUCUGUGUGUGUUAUGCCUUUGUUUGGUUUGAUUUUGAUUUGAUUAGGAUACCCAUUAGCUGACGCCAUGACGACAGCUAGUCUUUCUGGGGUCCGGCACAUUGUUCACCUUUGUUUAACCACUCCUACGUUAUUAUAGCGCCUAGUGUUGUGGUGCAUCCUAAUGCAAAGAUUUGCCUAUUGUAGAUUGGGAAACCAUGAGAGGUGUGAUGUGUUUAAAUUACUGAACUUUCUUGAAUUCUUUUAACUAUUUAAAUUACUUCCAAAUUAUCCCAGUGGGGAACUGGCUCUGCCAUUCUUAGAAAUGCUCCCUGGAUUACUGGGAAUGGAACUACAUAAGGGAUCUCUAUUUUGACGCAUUGGAAAUGAUGAGCCAAACAUUGUGGUGGGGGAAUUUAAUUUUUGAAUCUUUCUCAAUUCAUUCCAUUCCGUAGCCGCACAUGAAAUACAUUUUUAAUUUUGACCAUAUUGGUUUUCUUUAAUCCAUUACUUAGAGAGGCACAUAGUUUAUCCCCCUUUCUUUGGAGAUUAGAUGGCUACUUAUCAAUAUUCCAUUAAAUAGAUUUCAUGAACCUCAUACUGUAAGCUACCAGUCUUAUAUCUAGUAAAAAAUUAAGCUUUUUUGGUUUGUUUCAUCACAUUUGGAUGUAGUAGAUGAAAAGUCAGUGAAGUUGACAUGAAUCAAAGGUGAAAAAUGGCAUGAUAAUGAUGUACAAUUGCUUUAUGGUGUUGUAAUAAGCAUAGGAGCAGCAGAAUGUCUUAGAAACACUAUGUUACUGUGUCUCGCUCCCAGCCCUAAUGACUAGUCCUCUGUCAAAUAACUACAAUUGUAAUGUACAGCCAAAGUGCAGGAACCAGUAGCACAUCCAUACUGUAGUUAGUUACUGUGUCUGCUGCAGCCAGGUUUAAUCAGAUGUCUUACUCUUAGGUUUUGAAUGAUUAAUGCCCUGAGUUUCUCUUUCUAGCACUAAUCCUCCCGCCCCAUGCUAAACCAUGGCUCUCCCCUACAGCAGUGCACUUGUUUGGGCUGACCUGGCACCUGCAGCCAGUGGAUGGGCAGCUCUAUGAGAAUGGACUCAGCAAACUGGACAGAAACUCAGAGAGCAUAGACAUAACCUUCACUCCCUUCGGUUUGCCCGGCCUCAACAACACCAACAAAGGUAAGUGGUGGCGGGCAAAGAUUUAUAUUAUCAAGCCUCUAGGUUUUGAUUCUCACUGUUAGACCACGCAACAAAAACUAGAGCAAGGGUUUUACCUCAGAAGGUUUUCGAUGGGCUCUCUCAUCCUAGUUGUCUUUCUCUGUGUUUACAUGAUAAACCUGUUGUUUCAUAACCAGCAUGUUGGGUGCAAUAUGUUCCGACAGGGAUCAUUAUUUUCCUCUUGUGCGAUGCUGAAUUGCGUUUCAGAUAAAGGAGUGCGGUACUGUAGGUGGGUGGGUGAUGCACAGGUCAUCCCCGAGUUAAAACGCCUCGUGUUCGCAGGGCAUUGCCUCCAUUAGCACGAUAAAGAUCUGAUUAUAGAAAUUUCCCACUUCCGAAAAAUAAACUCAUAGAAUCAUUGAGAUAGAGAAAUAUAAUUAUUCCAAUAACACCAGACCAACCCUGGGGUCCCAAACACCGCAGACAAUUCCAUAUUGGCAAUGAGUGAAAUAAUUCAGUUCCAUUCCACAUAAUUCAAUUCCAUUUCUAUAAGUGUGUGAACCAGAAAAUGUUCUCUGCAACUAGGGCAAUGUUGAAGAGUAGAUUAAAAUCAAAUCAGUUAUGAAAAUAUUGGAUUGCCCCUGCAUAAGCACAUAAUGAAUCUCAGUAAAAGCUUGGUGUCUGAGUUUCAGUAUUUCCAUAUCAUAGCCCUCUGACAGCGGAGGAAUAGGAAACACUGCAGGUAGUACUGCUAGAUUGACACAGUGUAUAAGGCUAUGUGCACUAUGUGGCUGGUACAAUGUAGCAUAGCUGUGCUGGGUCACAUUAGCAUGCAUUGACUAUGAAGUAAUCAGGAGGAGCUUCAUGGGCAGUUAAUUAAAGUAAGAGAGCGUGGCUUAAUCCCCUAGCAGGCUACAGCCCACAGCAUCAUCGUUAACUCUUUCAGAACAUAGAUCCUUCAGCCAGCACCCCUUCACAACCUCCCUAUUCUACAAAACAAACACAAAGGAUUAGUAUCUAGCGGUGCACUGGAAUGCUCAAUGACAUGACAGUAUAUCUACUUUAGGCCUUUACCUUAGUGAAGGCUGAAACAAGGAAUUAUAACCCCUUAGAUAAGUAUUAUGUAUUUUUCUCUUUCUUCUCUUUCAUUGGUAUUUCUAAGUUCUGGGAAUUUUCUUAGAACAUUGGCACAUUCUUUAUUUUAUUUAUUUAUUUAACAUUUAUUUAACCAUUAAAGUCAAUUAAGAACAAAUUAUUAUUUACAAUGACGGCAAGAGGCAAAAGGCUCCUGUGAGGAUGGGUGCUAAGAAAAUAAUAAAAAUAAACGACAACAUGCACAGAAGAAACUGGCAACAGCAGAAAUACAACAGCAAACAAACAGUGAGUGUGUGUGUGUGUGUGAAGUAAAACAACAUGCUUCCUUACAACAGGAGGCUGUUGAGGGGAGGACAGCUCAUAAUGGCAUCAAACACAUGGAAACUAUGUGUUUGAUGUGUUUGAUACCAUUCUACUCAUUCCUCUCCCGCCAUUACCACGAGCCCGUCCUCCCCAAUUAAGGUGCCAUUAACCUCCUGUUUUCCUUACACAAGGCAACGCAAACUAGUGACAUCGGGUGACAACUAGAAACAACUACAUGUCUCAACAACCUGUUAAUCUAUUUCUCAUUUGAACUCUUCCAGGGACACCAGGUCCAAGACCAGGGGGCUGAGUAAUGAAAGGACCUUUUUCCAUACUCGGUUCUAAUUUUCGGGACUGUUAGCAUAAAACAAGAUUGAGAUCUGAGCUUGUAUGUGUUUUCAUUUCAAGCUACAAGAGAGGAUAGAUAAAAUGGCAGUUUUCCUAAAAUGGCCUUAUAUACUGAACAAAAAUAUAAACGCAACAUGUAAAGUGUUAGUUCCAUGUUUCAUGAGCUGAAAUAAAAGAUCCCAGAAAUUUUCCAUACGCACAAAAAGCUUAUUUCUCUCAGAUUUUGUGCACAAAUGUGUUUACCUCCCUGUUAGUGAGCAUUUGUCCUUUGCCAAGAUAAUCCAUCCACCUAACAAGUGUGGCAUAUCAAGAAGCUGAUUAAACAGCAUGAUCAUUACACAGGUGCACUUUGUGCUACGGACAAUAAAAGGCCUCUCUAAAAUGUGCAGUUUUCUCACACAACACGAUGUCACAAAUGUUUCAAGUUUUGAGGGAGUGUGCAAUUGGCAUACUGACUGCAGGAAUGUCCACCAGAGCUGUUGCCAGAGAAUGUAAUGUUAAUUUCUCUACCAUAAGCCACCUCCAACGUUGUUUUAGAGAAUUUGGCAGUACGUCCAACUGGCCUCAGAAUCAUAGACCACGUGUAUGGCGUCGUGUGGGCGAGCGGUUUGCUGAUGUCAACGUUGUGAACAGAAUGGCCCAUGGUGGCGGUAGGGUUAUGAUAUCGGCAGGCAUAAGCUACUGACAACGAACAAAAUUGCAUUUUAGAGAUGGCAAUUUGAAUGCACAGAGAUACCGUGAUAAGAUCCUGAGGCCCAUUAUCGUGCAAUUCAUCCACCGCCAUCACCUCAUGUUUCAACAUGAUAAUGCACGGCCCCAUGUCACAAUGAUCUGUACACAAUUCUUGGAAGCUGAAAAUGUCCCAGUUCUUCCAUGGCCUGCAUACUCACCAGACAUGUCACCCAUUGAGCAUGUUUUGGAUGCUCUGGGUCGACGUGUACGACAGCGUGUUCCAUUUCCCACCAAUAUCCAGCAACUUCGCAAAGCCAUUGAAGAGGAGUGGGACAACAUUCCUCAGGCCACAAUCAACAGCCUGAUUAACUCCAUGCGAUGAAGAUGUGUUGCGCUGCAUGAGGCAAAUUGUGGUCACACCAGAUACUGACUAGUUUUCUGAUCCACACCCCUACCUUUUUUUAAGGUAUCUGUGACCAACAGAUGCAUAUCUGUAAUCCCAGUCAUGUGAAAUCCAUAGAUUAGGGCCUAAUGAAUUUAUUUCAAUUGACUGAUUUCCUUAUAUGAACUGUAACUCAGUAAAAUCAUUGAAAUUGUUGCAUGUUGAGUUUAUAUUUUUGUUCAGUAUAAAUAAGAAUGUACCAGUGUUUGAGCCUGCGUGUUGCUAGGGAUGUCCACCCGACAGCACUGUAGAGAUCACAAUGGUGAGUUAGACGUCUCUGAUUGGUGACAAAAUGAAGGGCUGCAUGAUACACAGAGUCAAGAGCCUUCAGUUUAGAGCUUGAGGCUUGCACAUAAAUACACAGAGAGAAAAGUACAACGAAUCAACUAUUUUCUGGCAGCAAAAGAAAAACAAGCUUUGUGCCGGUAAUAAAACCCAAUAUGCAGCAGCUUGAGUUUCGUGACAAUGUUCUCUACAUGGGUGGUGAAUCUCAACUUCUCAUCCGCCCAAACUCCCAGAUAUUUGUACAUUUUGACUUGCUCUAUAGAAUGUCCUUCCAAGGUAGUAAUUACAUGGUUUUCAGGGUGAUUAGUAUUGGAAAAUACCAUUCAUUUUGUUUUAGAGGAAUUCAGAACAAGCUUAAAAUCGUACAGAUUCUGUUGAAUGAUGUUAAAAGCUGUCUGCUGUCAAAGUCAAACUGCUGCCACUUGACUAGAGAAAAGGGUCAUCUGCAUAAAAAUUUACAUCAGCUGUCUCAAUUAUGUCUCCCAAUGUUGUUGAUAUAGAAAAUAAACAACAGGGGACCUAAAAUGUAUCUUUGAGGCACACCCGAGCACAACUCUACGGUGUCCGACAACCGUCUGCCUUAACACACUGGGUUCACAAACCACUCCAGAGUAUGACCAGUAAUCCCAAUACGCUUAAAUCUCUGCACCAAGACAGUGGGGUCCACUGUCACAAAUGCCUUUGACAAGUCUAUGAAUAGAGAUACACAAUGCAGCUUCUUAUCCAGGGCACAAUGAAUAUCAUUCAAAACAUUAAAAGUUGCUGUGACAGUGCUGUGGCUAGACCUGAAACCUGAUUGCAUACCACUCAAAAUAUUGUUUUCCUGGAGGUAGGCCUUAAGCUGCUUGUUGACUAGGGACUCCAAUACCUUUGUCAGAACAUACUAUUUAGAUAUGGGCCGAUAGUUAUUCAGUAGAGUGGGAUCACCUUCUUUCAAAAGAGGUAGGACAAAUAAUUUCCACAACUUGGGGAUUUCAUUACAUUUUAUGGGGAGGUUAAAGAUGUAUGUUAAAGGGGGAGCAAUGAUAUCUUCAGCCAGUUGUAGUAGGCGGAGGUCUAGAUCAUCAGGGCCAGGGGAUUUUUUUUUACAUCAAUUGCUUUCAGGGCUCUACACACCUCUGAGACAGAUAAGGGCGAGAAGGAGAAACUGGAGAUGGAGUGCUCGGGAGUGUCAGGUAAUUUCACAGGGGGCUCAUGUUGACUUUUAACCCUAUCAAAUAAUCUGCCUGCAUCAAGGAAAUGUUGAUUAAAAGAGUUCAGAAUAGAGGUUCUCUCAGUUACCACCUGUGAGUCAACCAGCAGUUGUUUAGGGAGUUGUUCACUACUUGCCAAUAUUUGAAAGGAUUAUUCAGAUUAUCAGCAGUAGAUUUGAGGUAGUGGUCUGCUUUCAGCUUUAAGGUCAUAGCCACACCCUGAUUCUGAGGUGUUUAAAAGCCAUCCAAUCAUCAGCUGAAUCAGACCUUCUUGCUUUAACCCACAAAGCAUUCAAUUUCCUCUAUUCCAGGCAAUGUUAAAAACCAUGUGUCUCAAACUGCUUCCAGUUUCAUUUCAUGAUGAUACGUGUAGGUACUUUAGGAAUUUUACCAACCUUUUUAGGUUAAAAGUUGGUUGAAAAAAAGACAAAAUUCCAAUCAGUUUUCCACGUUGAUUCAACAUCAUCACAUAUAUAUUUUUUGUUGUUGAAAUGACAUGGAAACCAUGUUGAUUCAACCAGUUUUUGCCCAGUGGGUUAUAUCAUUUGCAGAAACACGAGAAGCAUUAAAACGAGGUGGGAUGUUGGUUGAAAUAUUUUAGAGGGCACUUCCCAUAGCAUGUUGUGUUGGCCCAUUCCUCUAUAUAUAAUUGGUCCUGUAAUUGGUUUGCAGAUGUUCUUUAGAAUAGCAAUUAGAUUAUUCUCAGCAUAUAUCUGUGGUCCUCUGUAGCUCAAUUGGUAGAGCAUGGCGCUUGUAACACCAGGGUAGUGGGUUCGAUCCCCGGGACCACCCAUACGUAAAAAUGUAUGCGCACAUGACUGUAAGUCGCUUUGGAUAAAAGCGUCUGCAAAAUGGCAUAUUAUUAUUAUUAUUAUAUCUGAGGGAUUACAGCAAAUAGAAUAACCAUAUUAUUUUGCAUUGGCUCAAUCAACAGACAGACCCAAGUAUUAAAAGCUUGUUCUAUUCAGAUGUCCAUUAAAGUGAGGGGGGGGAAUUAUAACUGUAAUUGAAAAGACGGUUUCAUUGAAAAUGGAUUACUGGAAUAAUUGUUUUAUCAGGAUAGCCCUUAGGCUAUGAGAAUUAAUUUGCUUGUAUGUCAGACUAUUUUGAAGCACUUUUCUAAUUUAUUUUCUGCCCCCUCCUCUGAACCCAGUGUAAGUGACAGGUGAGAUGGCCUGCAGGAGAGGCAUGAGCUAGAUAUGCCUUCAUUACCCUGUGAUGGGUUCUGUGGUGGCAGUGGCACAGACCAAACACCACCUCUCCAGAACAGCAUCACACAGCUAUACAGUGAUUGAGCUAGUAAAACCAUUAUGGUAGCAACACAGUAACACUACCAUUACCUUGUUCACCUGCUCCAGUCUGGUGGGGGGUUUUCUACUAAAAGAGCCCAGUUUCUAUGAUUACUGAACCAGUCUUUUUCAAAAGGUUGUUGCCGAGGCUAACGUGUGAUCAAUCCAUGUCAUUCGAUAACUAGACUCUAGACAUGUAUGUGAUUUAGAUGCUUUUUAAUGUUCCAUACAUACAAUAAAAGCACAUUUAAAAACAUGUGGUUUCCAGAGCUAUGUACAGUGAGUAAUGUGAAGGUAAGAAGACACAAAACAGAUAGAAUAUAGCUUAAUGUGUACAGUAGAACUGAUCUCAUGUUACCCGCCAUGAGAGCGGGAAUCAAUAAUGUGACACCCUGAUGUGUUGGCGUACCUGCCAGAGAGCUCACGCCAGAGGUUAUCAGCACAGAAUAAUUAGUUCAUGCCUGGAUGUGGGAGGUGUUUGUACAAGCAUCCGGUAGCUUGCUGGUCUUCUCCUGGAUUCACCAUAGUAUUACACCAUAUUAGAUGUGGUUCGUUUCUGUGUCUGUUCACAGUUGUUUAGCUCAAGUUUGAGCAGAUGCAAGGCUUCAUCUGACAAUGAGGAUAAAAUGUUUCCCAAAGGACAGAGGAGGAUUUAUUAGUUGAGGCAAUGAAAUGAAACAGAUUAAAGUCUGCCUGAUAGAGGUAAAGGGGGAUAGCCAAUAUCUACAUGCAGCAACAGCCGCUGUUCUCAUUUGUGUGUUUUUUCCCCACACCAUAUAGAUAAGGAGCUAUUCCAGAGGGGGAAAGCGAUAGACCGAGGGGAGGUGGACAUUGGUACCGAGGUGAUCCAGGCCAUUCCCCCAGGUCUGUUCUGGCGUUUCCACAUCACCAUCCACCACCCUAAGUAUGUCAAGUUCAACGUCUCCCUGGCACGGGAUGCCCUCUUGGGGAUCUAUGGGCGGAGGAACAUCCCCCCUACACACACACAGGUACUGUACCCCCUACCUACCUCAUACACACAAGAGCAUUACAUCCACUCCCAUGUAAACGAUCAUACCAACCUAUACAAUGACUGAAACACCCCAACACACAUAAGUAACUAUAUGCACACCUAGGUAUAUGCACAGAUCCACACAUGCACAGAUCCACACCACCCCCCAUGCUAAUGAGUGUACCCCAGCCCCUACGCACAACUACCUUUCCUCCUCCAUCCAUCUGUCAUCCUUCAGUCUCACUCUUCACCCACAUUGAAACCCACAAUAGAAAAUUGGACCAAGCAGGUGUGUUGCCUUUAUGUUAUGUUUGAUCACUUCACCAAUCAGUGAAUUAGCUACAGUACUGUUGGCUACCUACCAGUACUUUUGUCAAAUGCAUAAUGAGUUUCAAUGUAUGUAGUUUAUUGUUAUGGAAUGAAUGCAGUUAAUGAAAUAUCUAGGGGAACUAAUGUGAUGUCAGUAAAAUGCCUGAACUGCAUAAUCACUGCUUCUUAGCAUAUAUAUUAUCUAAGAUUAACAGUUCAAAUCAUUCUAGAAAUUAAGACCUGUCAAUUCAAUUAAAUCCUUCUUAUUUCUGCCUCUAUUGCAUACUAUUUUGCAUAUGUAGGUACAUGGAUACAGACAAACAAUUAAUUAAUGCUAAUUGAAAGGUGCCUUUUUAAACACAGACGUCCUUUUUGUUCCGUAAGGAUGCUCAUAAUCAUUAUAGUAAUCACACUUGGCAUAUAGCCUGCUAACUGUAUGUUGGACCAUAUUCAAGUCCUGUCUGAGUGGGGCUGACUAAUCUCACACCAUCAUUAGAUGUCUCUGUCAGCCAGGUCGGCUGAUUCGGUUGAUCCCAGUUCUGUUUUUGGCCCCUGCAUGCAGUCACACAUAUGUUCCCCCGGACCGGCCCUCAUUACAUCUGCUGAUAGAAUACCCAGCAGGUCAUGGGGCUGAGCACUCAGGGUCACGGUGAGACCUGCACACAAGUGACUCAUCUGUCACAAAGCUGUUUCACCGGCCCCAGUAAACCCAGCAGGCUUCCGCAUGAUGAAUCCUAAUAGGAUGUUUUAGUCAUUAAUCUGAGUCAGUCCCCUGGGCGGCACGCACAGUUCAGACUUUUUUUUCUUCCAAUGAGAUUUUGUCACUAUUGGCGCCGAGGGGAUUGUAGCGGGAACGACAGUGGCCAUUUCCGCUUCAGUGUGUCAUCAUGUGCUGAUCCCCGGCUGAAAGUGAAUUAUGGAGGGAGUGGGAUCCCUCCUCUGUCUCCUCCUCUGCUGCUUUGCAUUGCUGAUGAUUUGAAAUGCAGGGGCCGAUGGCUACGGUGCCCCAGCGAUUCUACUGAAUUACAAACAUCGUUUUCCUGUUGUUCCGUAGGGGAGCAUUUGUUUCUCAUAAGAAUAAUUCUGAGGCCUGGGGGCAUGUCAUUGGAGUUAGGGACCUGGCCUCACCCAGCCCUGGGUUUAUUAUUUAGGACGGGUGGAGGGGUGAAGACAGACGUCCCUCUGAAUCCGGCAGGCGGAGAGGCUUUGCUGCAUGCAGUCACCAGCCGACAGCAGCGUAAUACCAGCCCUGGUCUCGGCUUAUCUCCAAGAGCACACACAAACAUGAGUGACACUGGCGCAGCUAAGGCACUGCAUCCCGCCCAGGGCUACUGUCAUAUCCUACUCAUCUGGUAAUCCAGCAAUGCAGCAUGGGGGCCUGUCUCCUUAUUAAGCUCAUCAAGGGCAAAGUCAAAAGGUGGCUCGGGAGCUUUGCAUAUGGUUAAGUUCAAGUUAUUUUAAGAUGGAUGACAGGAUAUGAUACAGCACAUGAUGAUUUCAUAUUUUGGCCUGUUCCCAGAGAUAGAUAUCCAUGCUGUGACGUUGGAGGAACCCUGAUACUCCCUGUCAGUCAGGGCAUGUCAGUACACCCAACCAGAAGCUUGUGAUGUCUCAGCUUUUGACUUCCAAAUCGUUGCCUCAUAUUUAAUCAGAUGUUUUCUCAUCCUCCUGCAGUUUGACUUUGUCAAGCUCCUGGACGGGAAGCAGCUGAUCAGACAGGAGGUUCAGACGGUGGCGGAGGAUUCCAACGCCUCUCCCAGGAACCUGAUCCUGGCCUCCCUCCAGGAGACUGGCUUCAUAGAGUACAUGGACGCUGGAACCUGGUACCUGGCAUUCUACAACGAUGGAAAGAAAAUGGAACAAGUGCUUGUUCUCAGCACUGCCAUCGGUAAUUGGCUCCUCAUUGUGUAAAAAGUAGAAUAGGUGCUCUACAGUGUCAGUUACUAAUGAAAAUUGCAGCACCAUGCAAUCAUAUUUGGGAGCAGUAAUGAAGUCUUAUAAGAAAAAGACAGUACAUGUGACAUUAUUUCCAGGAUGUAGUCUGUGGUUACAAAAGCACUCAAAAAGCAAAGCAAUUAUAACAUUUAUACAAUAGCUGCAAAUAGACAGAAAAACAUGUUUUAUAACGUUUUUUCUCUGCACCACAAAACAUUUGUGAAACAGGCUGCCAUUUUAACAUCAAAACGGUUGAGUUCUGUUGCUCGUUGCAAGGUGCUGCAAAGUCUGUCAUCCCUAAUUGACUGACCUUUUGUCACCCGUCUGUAAGCCUCUGCUGAGAGAUGAGCCAAUGUAUUUUUCUAAUGCUCUUUCUUUCCAGCCUCCCCUGGAAAUGCUUUUGCUCUGUCUUUUAAAACGAAUUGUUGUCUUAAAGGCAGUGUAGUUCUGUACAUGUCAGUUUCCUCUUUGUCUUUAUGACCAUGUAUCUGUUACCUUAUUGUAACCCAUGCAACAUGUUAGAUUAUUAUAUGUCUCAAUGGAUGCACAAAGUAAAAGUGUUCAUUAUACUCUGAGUUUGGCACAAUAUUUUUCCUAUGUGUUUCUGUCUAGCCCAUGGACGGUUGUGUUGUUUAGAACUUUCUCUGUCUGUAGAAACCAUGGACGGCUGCUCCACCAACUGUAAGGGGAACGGGGAAUGUGUAGCAGGUCACUGCCACUGCUUCACUGGUUUCCUGGGACCAGACUGCUCAAAAGGUAUAUUAAGUAAGGCACUUCUGAGAUAUGUGGGAUAUUCCAAUGAAUUCAUACACAUUUAAAUUACAUUUUUGUGCAUAAUGAAAGCUCACAUAAUAUUGGGUUGAAAUUGAGUUAUACAUUUUAUAUUCUGUAAAUCUACCAGUAUCUAAUUAUUCUGCAGAGUAAAGUCCAGUCCAAUCAGUCAAAUAACAAUGGCUACUUUUUUAUUAAACCCGGUGCUUCGUAAUGGAUACUACCAAUAUUAUCAAUGCCAAAGCCAUUCUGAAUGGGAUUAUUUUGAUUGUCUUUGAGGAUUAUUUACAGUCUUUGAAUUAAAUGAGGAUAGCAAGAGGCAGUGGUGAUUUCAGAUCCACUUUGUGGUCAGUGAGGUCUCUCUCUGCCCAGGCCGACCCGCUCUGGACGAAUGCCUUAAUCUGUCUCUGCCUAGAUCUGAGGUCAGGGAGCCACUGUAGCGAGCAUAAUGUGUCUAUUACUGUUCCCAGUGUGGAACUGGGACAUAUUAUGGAGACUAAUGGACAGGCCAGGGUCUGUAAGGCAGCUUCCACACUGCAACUGUCCAUAAACAGACUGACAGACUGGAGGGAUGAGAGAUCCUGGCAGAAGAGAGAAAGGGAGAAUGGGAGAAUGGAGCCAUGUUCUCUCACGUAGCUCUGCAGGUUUCAAAGACAUUCUGGAAAACGGUUCACUAUGACUGAGUGCCUAUACAUGUAGACUAGGAAUAUAGCAUAGGAAUGCAAGGCAAUGUACAAAUGCAGCAUGUUAGUGAUAUGAGUAGUGUUUAGGCUACACACCAUAGGGUUAAUGGCAUGUGAACAAAGAUCUCUAUUGAAUCUAUACAGCACAGUGCGUUCUGCUCUGAUGUUUACCAUGCGUCUCCAUGCUGCAGCCUCUGAGACUCUGAGGCUCCAUUCUUCCUCAUUUUGUAAAUCUCAAUUUUCAUGGCGCUGAGUUCCCACAUGAAGAAAUACUAUAGUAUACUAUGGUAUAAAUACUAUACUAUUCACUGUAGUGUUUUUGCAGACUUUACAAUAGUAUUCAUUGUAGUUUUUUUGCGGACUAAAGUGAAUUCUGUAAUAUUUACUGUAGAAUUCUGUAGUAUACUGUGGUAUUUACAGUUAACAAUAGUAUAAAUACUGUAGUAAAAUAAAAUAUAUACUAUAGUAAUUAAUGUAGUGUUUUUGCGAAUUGUAGUAUACUGUAGUAUUUUACUGUAGUGUUUUUGCGUACCGUAGCAUACUGUAAUAUUUACUGUAGUGUGUUUGUUUUAUUAUCUUUGACAUGGAAGUGGAGGCUUCUUCUUGAGGAAACCUACUGGAGAAAUAAUACAAUAGCACAUUUUCCAUAACCUGUAGGUAGAUAGAACUGGGUUCUGAACUGAUAGUUCAGAGCUUCUGCUCUUUUCUAUAAUCUGUAGGGAACACAACAUAUGGUUUAUACUUGGCAUGUAGGUUUCUCCCUUAUGGGUGGCACAAAUUGGGAUAUGGAGAGGGGAAUGGGCAGGGUAUAUGCAAAUUAAAUACUGUAGUAUUUACUAUAGUUAAAAAAGUUUAGUGUUUUUGCGGACUGUAGUGUUUUUACGGACAUUACUGUAGUGUUUACUACAGUGUUUUUUGGUGGGAUAAUACUGUAGUAUUUACUAUUGUAUUCUACAGUAUACUACUGUACAACAUUCUAUUGUAAGUACUACACGUGAUCGAGGGGUACUACAUUGUGUAGUAUAGUAUUCUACAGUAUACUAGAGUAUACUACAUAAUUCGAUAGUAAGUACUGUGGUAUUCUAUAGUAAACUGUAGUAUUUUUUAAUGUGGGUGGUGUACAGAGGGGCCUUGGGGAAUAGAGGGGGGUGUUGUAGGGAGAUGCCGAUGCUGCAGCACCAUGCCGCAGCUACUGGAGUUUAAAUCAGGUGCCACUUAAGGAAAAUUGAAAUGAUUGAGAGAUUAGGUGGAUUUCACAGGAAGAGGGUCUGAGUAGGGGUGCGUGGCCUGCGCCCAGCAGAGGGGAGAGUACUUAAAGAACUACCAUCAGGGGAGAGGAUUAGGUUACUUCAGCUGCAUGCUUAUUAGUGAGAUAUUGGUGAUGGGUGAAACCUGGUUAAAACUGGUAUAAGGCUCAUGGGGAGAUCACCACUGGGGUCUCAGGGUGAGAGCUGACUAGUACCUUCCAGUGCUGGAAUGACAUAAACAGCUUCAUAAUUCAUAUAUUGGAUAUCAACCAGUUUUAGUUAUGGUUUUGAAUGAUAACACGCCAAAGUAUUUUAUUUCCACCACAGUAUUUCUUAAAGGGCUACUGUCUUCAUGGACUUUCUGACCCAGUAUUUGUAAAGGGCUGCUGUCUUCAUGGACUUUCUGACCCAGUAUUUGUAAAGGUCUGCUGUACUGUAUUUUUUCUUCCAGACUCCUGUCCUGUCCUGUGCAGUGGCAAUGGAGACUAUGAGAAAGGUUACUGCCAGUGUCACCCGGGCUGGAAGGGCCCAGAGUGUGACAUCCAGGAGGACCAGUGCAUCGAUCCCACCUGCUCCAACCAUGGCACCUGUGUCAACGGCAUCUGCAUGUGCAGCCCGGCCUAUAAGGGCAACAACUGUGAACAAGGCAAGGGUCCUAUCCUAAUAAUAAUCUUUAUCACUAUUUACACAGGCAUAGGGAUAGGCAUAGGGCACAUCUGCAUUUAGCCUAGCCGAAGGGGUUUGGCUUGGUGCAUCCCUUAUCCCAAAGUGCAACAACAGAAGCAUGCCACGUCAGUUUGUUGAACCAGAAAAGCCACUCGUUGUUAGUUCAGGGCUCUUAGCCACUAGCCAAACCAGUAUUCUGUUUGUUGUGGGGUUUUGCACACAGACACACACCAAACUGUCUGAUAGAUUGUCUGAUUACUAUUUAACCACAGCAACAAUACAUCCAGUGUCCUCCUCUCACAUCAUUUUAAUUAUGGGGAGAGUUUUUGUGUGCAAAAACAGAUUGAUCCAAUAGAUUAUCCUCUACACACACACACACAGCCGCUCGCCGCUGUUCACUUACGUCAUGAGGAAUGCUUAUACAUGAAGCAGCCAAAUCAAUUGAUUGUCCUAAGGUAGUUGUACCCAGUGGUAAUUAUUGGCUUUGUCUGAGAUAUCCAUGCUAGAGAAUGACCUUGAGUCAAUGAGCCUGUGACUAGGAUCUAGCCUACAAGCAUUGUGGUAAUUACUGUGGUUAACACUGCAUAGAUUUUUCUUUUUUGUAGUGUGCAUUAGUUGGGGGUUGGGGUUGUUCUGAAGUGUAUCACAACUAAAUGUGAUCAAUUAGCUCCAGACAUGGAUUGAAGCUGUUUGUUGUUCAUUCUUUAUGAGAAUCGUGUGUAAAAGCUGCAGAGGUUUCAAUGUGUAAAAGCUGCAGAUGGACAUGUUUUCCUCACGGUGCGAUGGGUUCUCAGUAAUAAACCAUUCACUGCUAGGAAACGCUGUUCUCACAAGGUUACAGUGACACUGUUAGAAUACACACCACUGAAGUACACAGACAAUGUGUUAAAUCAGCUAGAUGUGAUGGGGAGUUUUGUGUCAGUAUCUACCCAUAGAGGUGAGGUGUGAUGGGGAUGUUCUGUGUCAGUACCUAGACAAACAAAAGGUGUGAUGUGGAUGUUCUGUGUCAGUACCUAGACAAACAAAAGGUGUGAUGUGGAUGUUCUGUGUCAGUACCUAGACAAACAAAAGGUGUGAUGGGGAUGUUCUGUGUCAGUACCUAGACAAACAAAAGGUGUGAUGUGGAUGUUCUGUGUCAGUACCUAGACAAACAAAAGGUGUGAUGUGGAUGUUCUGUGUCAGUACCUAGACAAACAAAAGGUGUGAUGUGGAUGUUCUGUGUCAGUACCUAGACAAACAAAAGGUGUGAUGGGGAUGUUCUGUGUCAGUACCUAGACAAACAAAAGGUGUGAUGGGUCCGCAUAAAGCUUACUUCAUUUUUCAAAUGUUUUAUUAUUUUCACUGCAUCAGGGAAAGCGUACACAGAGGUUUCGGCUUUGCAGCCUUCUUCAGUGUAUAGCACCUACCCAUAGGGGAAAGGUGUGAUGGGGAUAUUUUGUGUCAGUACCUACCCAUAGGGGAAAGGUGUGAUGGGGAUAUUUUGUGUCAGUACCUACCCAUAGGGGAAAGGUGUGAUGGGGAUGUUUUGUGUCAGUACCUACCCAUAGAGGAAAGGUGUGAUGGGGAUGUUUUGUGUCAGUACCUACCCAUAGAGGAAAGGUGUGAUGUGGAUGUUUUGUGUCAGUACCUACCCAUAGAGGAAAGGUGUGAUGUGAAUGUUUUGUGUCAGUACCUACCCAUAGAGGAAAGGUGUGAUGUGGAUGUUUUGUGUCAGUACCUACCCAUAGAGAAAAGGUGUGACGGGGAUGUUUUGUGUCAGUACCUACCCAUAAAGGAAAGGUGUGAAGGGGAUGUUUUGUGUCAAUACCUACCCAUAGAGGAAAGGUGUGACGGGGAUGUUUUGUGUCAGUACCUACCCAUAGAGGAAAUGUGUGAUGGGGAUGUUUUGUGUCAGUACCUACCCAUAGAGGAAAGGUGUGAGGUGGAUGUUUUGUGUCAGUACCUACCCAUAGAGGAAAUGUGUGAUGGGGAUGUUUUGUGUCAGUACCUACCUAUAUAGGAAAGGUGUGAUGUGGAUGUUUUGUGUCAGUACCUACCCAUAGAGGAAAUGUGUGAUGGGGAUGUUUUGUGUCAGUACCUACCCAUAGAGGAAAGGGGUGAGGUGGAUGUUUUGUGUCAGUACCUACCCAUAGAGGAAAGGUGUGAUGGGGAUGUUUUGUGUCAGUACCUACCCAUAGAGUAAAGGUGUGAUGUGGAUGUUUUGUGUCAGUACCUACCCAUAGAGGAAAGGUGUGAUGGGGAUGUUUUGUGUCAGUACCUACCCAUAGAGGAAAGGGGUGAUGGGGAUGUUUUGUGUCAGUACCUACCCUUAGAGGAAAGGAAAUAAUGAUUCAAACAAUAUACAGAUGGUCAGGGAGGGACAUGAAAUAUUUACUCUAACGCUUUCUCUCUCACUUCUCUCUCGCGCUCUCUUUCUCACUUUCUCUCUCACGCUCCCUCCAUCCACCCCCUCUCUCUCUCACCUCCCUGGUUCUGCAUGGCCAGUGGACUGCCUGGACCCUCAGUGUUCUGGCCAUGGUGUUUGUGUGAAGGGGGAGUGCCUGUGUUCACCGGGGUGGGGAGGCCCAGACUGUGAGAAUACCCUUCCAGCGUGCCAGGAGCAGUGUUCAGGCCAUGGGAACUACCUGCCAGACUCUGGCACCUGUACCUGUGAUUCCAGCUGGACAGGCUCCGACUGCUCCACCGGUGAGUACAAGAACCAUGACGUGCAUACAACUUACGUACAUGCAGAGCCAUAUAUAGAGAUAGAAAUGUCUCUAUCGCUAUACUGUGUGGUUCUUCCUACAUACAGAUACACACACUUGAAUACAGUGCUUUCAGACUGUUACCACACAUAAACAAUUCACAUCCUUAGAAAGGGCUGUAGUGACUUGUGAACGGAGUCGGAAAGUCCACUCCCAGACACUUAAUGGGGAGCCUUUGGAGUUUAAUCACAUCCUUAACCUCCCAUAAAAGGUUUAAAUGUAGUCAAGCCGCUACUGUUGUUUUCUGUCUUGCUGUGAUUUAGAUUACUAGAUUGCGUUUGCUGUACAUGACUCUAACUUUUGGUCUUACCUUUGACUGAGUAACACAGACCCUGGCCAAUGUGUUUUUCUGCUUGUAAUGAUCUGCCAGUUCCUAGCAGAAGGAGACCUUCACACACCCAGCAGCCUAUCAGACAACUGAGCAAUCAUUUCUCUGACAUGCUGUGUGUAAAUUGGACUACGCACCAUGGCUGCCAUCUAAGCCUUUUGGUGGGAGACAUGACAUUAUUACAUACUAAUGCUCGUUUUUUAUUCUUCCUUUUUUAAUAUGCCUCCUCCAGGGAACAAUAAUGCCAUGGUUAGGAUUCGUCCCGAGAUAUGCUCCUUUGUACAAUUUAAAUCUGUUGUUUUUAGUAUACUGUAGGUGUUAUCUGUUCAUCAGCUUUUCGUAUUUGAAUUUAGGUCACAUUUCUGGCUGUUUAUACAGAAUAAAUUAAAGUUAUCUUCACUGCACUCACUUGUUAGUACACUGCGACACUUGAAAAAGUAGAAAAUGUCUAUGCAUUUAAUUUCAGUCUGUCUCCUGUUGAAUUCAUGACGAACAGCUGUCUCUUACUGAAAUGUUUAAUGAAUUAGUUUGAGUCAGAGGACAUUGAUAAUGAGGGUUGCCACCAAUAACAAACAGCGUUGACACGGUGGUUGUAGGAACAUCUCAGAGAAGCUGUGUGAGCCCUUGAAGAAAAUCACAUGAUUUCACAUGAAAUUUCACAUGUGAAAACAUGUGUUUUUGGAAUACUUCACAUGAUCACAUGUUUUCACAUGUGUAGUUUCAUCUUAUCACAUGUUAUCACAUUAACUUCACAUAAGAUCACAUGUGAUCACAUGAAAACGUGUUUUUGGAACACUUCACAUGUUCACAUGUGAAAUUCAUGCGUUUUUUCCGUAAGGGAGAAGAUGCUGGAUAUUCCUCUGUGUAGUUUGUCAUCUUUGUCUGAAAGUUGUUGUUUUUGUUUUGUUCAGCCAGUGAUACAGAUGUAGAUUACAUGUAGCAGCCAGAUCACAAAGGAGAUCAGGUUCUUCAGUAGCCCAGGGCCAGGUUUAUAGAUUAGCUGCCUGCUGCUUUAGCUGCCACACAACACAACAACACACUAACACACACCCUGCUGGUGUCACUGCUUAUGGAGAGGGAUGGAAACCGUGACAACAAUAUUAUGGAAGCCUCCAUCCUUUAGAAUAUAGGGUCCCUGUCAUAUGAAUUUUUGCUCAUCUUCAUAUUAUUAAUGGUUCUCUUCCUUGAGUCAAGUAGUGCUACAUGCCAAGCCUUUAUUAAAGUUGGGUGAAAAACCUGAAAGGUGGGCUGCAUAUUAAGACAUUCCUCAAAAGGCAAAGUAAUCACUCAUUCUUCAUUAUUUUUCCUAUCAAUUGUGUUUUCAGUGAUGGCCAAAGGGAAAAACAGCUCAUGUGGAGGCUAUUUCACUUUCCAAUGAAUUGAAUCUUGGAGCAGUGUGGUGCCUCGGUUUCCUUAACCAUGAAAGAAUUGUGCAUUCACUCAACCCACACUUUUUUCCAGCCUUCCAAAGCAAAGUUCAGGUUUUCUAUCCAAAAGUGAAAAUUGAUUUUAUGUUCACUCAAGUAUAUGUAGAAUUACUUGUAAUGUUGACUGUGUGUGACUGCACUGACAAUGUCAUUACUAUGGAGUAGACAUACUGUAACCUCACUUUAAGACAGUGAAUUAUAUGUAUCAAUGUGCAGUAUUUGGUUUUUAAAACAGAAAUAUAAAGGCAUUGAAGAUAAUGCCAACAUUCAACUGUUAUUAUAAAAUUGUUUUAGAUGGCAAACAUGUUGAAUUCUAUUGCGAGCAGAUGCAUAGAGGAAAUGGAUUAAAUGUCAUAUGCUUAAUGGUAGAAAAAUCGAGAUUAAUAAAAUGCAAAUUGAGUUGUUAUGGCAUGAUUAAAUAUGAUGUAUAUUUUAAUGGGAAUGCCUUUUCCAUGUGUGGGGAUAAGUGGCCUUUCUGCGCCAGCAGCUCUUUCUUCUCCCUGCUGAUUGGCUACUUGCUGAUAGGAUGUACUCUCCAUAUUCUGCUGAAAUUAUUCAUUGAAUACCAUUAAACUUCUAAAACUUUAAGCAUUGAAUGUAUUAUAACUGCACCUGCAGCACUCAACAUAGAAAGUAUUGCCUGUUCUGUAUUAUAACAAACAUUUUCCUAUUCCUAUUCAAAAUUAAAGUUUCAAAUCAUGAGUAUGUAGAGUAGAGAUACCAUUAGAAUAAAAAUGGUAAUGGGUUUUCAUUAUAUUCCUUUUAAAUAUAUUCAUUUUUUUGUUCUAUUAGAUGAACUUGCAAGACAAGAUGAGUGCAGAAAUGAGUCUAGGAUCCUGAAUUAAUUCAUAGGAAAUGAUCACGUGUAUUUUGGGAGCAAUGAUGCAGCUGACCUUUGACAUGUCCAUCUGGCCUGUGUAGAGGUGUACUGUCUGUUGCCCAGUGCAGUAAGACCCCUGCCGGUCUCUCUCUGUGUCUGUGUGCAGAGGUGUGUCCGGUGCCCUGCAGUGCCCACAGUGUGUGUGUGGGAGGGAAGUGCCAGUGUGAGGAGGGCUGGGAGGGGCCAGGCUGUGACCUGCAGGCCUGCCACCCCCGCUGCCAGGAGCAUGGCCAGUGUAAGAACGGACAGUGUGAGUGCCACCCCGGCUGGGAGGGAGAACACUGCAGCAUCGGUGAGUCUCGCCCCCGCCCCCCGAGGACUAACACUACCACAGGAGGUUAAUACACAGAGCGUGUAACGUGACUCUAGUAGCUAUUGUUCUGUUUAGAGGCAUAGGGGCUGAUUUACUGUACCCAGGCUUGAUGGUGUUUUAGCAUGUUGUGACCUUGGGACUAUAAGGUUCUAUCUGUGCAAAGCAUAGUUUUGAGAUAUUGAGAAUACAAGUUUUCACAUCCUAGAUCUCAGAACAGUUUUGUAGUGAAUUCUUCUUGCAUAACCCAUUAAGGUCCUCACUGUAAAGGUAACUAAAGUGCAGAAUAUCAAAAUCCUGAGACAUUUGUAAAUCUGUUUUUUUAGGGGGUGCCAUCACAGAUAGAACCUUAUGGCUGAACCCAGAUUGAUAUUUCAGAGCUAUAAGGUUCUAUCUGACACUUCUGAAAUAGACAUGUUCAGUUUUUAAGAAAACUGUACGGUAGCUAUUUGAAUACAUAAAUGAUAGAAUAACACUAAUUUACCAAGAUAGAGUCAGAACACAUCAACAAAUACAUUAAGAAAUGUAUUAUGUCAUCACUGAUUUCUGACAGUUGUUUUUUUGCUUGCGUAAAAUUAUUGCUGGCUAGACUAGCCUAGACCAGGGAGAUGGCAAAGACAUUUGUUCUGAUUGGUCCAUCUGUAUUUGUUCAGUCUUGUGAUUGGAUUGCAGACAGAACCUAAUAGCGUCAAGUUCAAAUGGGUUUAUGGAGAUAGAACUUUCUAGUUUUUCAUUUUCUUCACUCAAAAUUAACUUUUUCAAAAAUCUAACUUCGCAGACAUAUGAAGAACCAUCUAAAGGUCAAUUAUAUGUGACUAACAAAUGUUUGACAAAAAUGUCAGAUAGAACCUUAUAGUCCCGAGGUCUUGAUGUCUUAAACUGUGACCACGCUUUACUAAUGUAUUAAUGAAAGAUGUGUGAACCACAGAUUUUUGCAGAUACAAAUCAACGAAUAUGUAAUCCAUGUGCGUGCAUAUUUUCUAUCACCACAUAUUUUAAAUACUGUAGCAGUUUAGCAGACCAUUCCCAGCCAAUCAUCCGUCUGCUGUAUAAUAUAGAUGAGCAGUUGUCAGAUGGAACCCAUGAGUCAUUCUUGCCCGGUCCUUCACUCAAUCUGCUAGAAGAGUACAGGUGAAACACUGGUACCAAACCUUGCUAGACAUUUAGAGGGAGGGAAGCGGGGUGUUUAGGAGGGUAACAUGUUACCAUGUGUCUUAGAGCCACUGGCUGGGGUUCAAUGAUGUCAGUGACCUGCCUGUCAGUUAUACAAUUUAUCCACUUCAUUGGCGUUAUUUGAGAAUGAAAACUCUGAGUCACAAUUAAACUGUUGGUUGCCGCCAGGCAAAUUUUCCAUCAGCCAUGCCCUCCUCCCUAGAGUGGAGGCAUUUUUAUUUUUCUUGCAACUGAAUAAUUUGCUCCCCAAGUUCGAACACACUCAAUUAAUGUGGAUACACCUUGAUAGAACACUGCAGUUUGUCAUCUGGGACUAAUGGAAUUGGGUAUUGCCAAGUGACUGAAAAGCACAUUUUGUAAAAGAACCAGAAGAUCUUUUUAAACUUCAAAAAUGCAAGAAAACACUCCUUUGAAAUCCUUCUACUUGCCUUUAAAGAUAGGGAAUUGGAGAUGGGCUUUGUGUCUCUGUGGAUGUGUGAAUCAAACCAUAAAGCUUAGCUCCUGGCACAUUAAUAGGCUGUAAUUAUCUCUUCAUGUGCCCUGGUGCUAGCAUAUAUCUUUGAGGCUCAGUAAUCUAAUCUCAGACACUUUUUUCUUUCUUCCUUUUAUCUUCAUGUGGUAUAUAGCAUAUUACCUGGAUCUCGUUGUUAAAGGUAAGAUGCACACUCAUUCUUUAGGAUUUAAUUGUUUCAUAGCAGCAGGGGUUUUGAAUGGUAUGCCUACCACCAAAGCACAUUUAUUGAGAUGUUAAUUAAUUCUGAGGAGAAAGUAUUAUGCCCAAAGCAAUGGCAGAACAUUCACUAUAUUCAAUUUAUGUGAGAUGGAAUAUAACAAAAUACACCCCCCUAUGUAUUUAUUUGGACAUUGAAUCUAAAACUUUUAAUUUGUCUCUAUACUCCAGAAUUUUGUAUUUGAGAUCAAAUGUUUUAUAUGAGGCAACAGUACAGAAUGCCACCAUUUAUUUGAGGGUAUUUUGAGGAUAUCUGGUUUACCGUUUAGAAAUGAAAGCACUUUAUGUAUCUAGUCCCCACAUUAAAAGGUGUUAUAAGUAUUGGGACAAAUUCACUUAUAGUGUAUACAUUUAGUAAAAGGUUUAGUAUUUGGUCCCAUAUUCCACGCAAGGACUACAUCAAACUUGUGACUCUACAAACUUAUUUAAUGCAUUUGCAGUUUGUUUUGGUUGUGUUUCAGAUUAUGUUGUGCCCAAUAGAAAUGAAUAGCACAUAAUGUGUGGUGCCAUUUUAGAGUAACUUUUAUUGUAAAUAAGAAUGGAAUAUGUUUCUAAAAACUUCAUUAAUGUGGAUGCUACCAUGAUUACGGAUAAUCAUGAAUGAAUCUGGAAUAAUGAUGAGUGAGAAAGUUAGAGGCAUAAAUAUCAUACCCCUCCAAAAUGCUAACCUCCCCUGUUAUUGGUAAUGUUGAGAGGUUAGCAUGUUUUGGGGGCAUGAUAUUUAACCCUAGUAGUCCCAAGACCCCAGCAAAAAUGGUAUUUUCAUUUAUUUGACUUUCAUUUAUGUUUAUGUCCAGCCCUUAUAUUUAGCCUCACAAUGAAGUGCUUUACCAUUUUCUUUUCAGGACAACCAGGGCUACAAGUAGAACACAAAACAAUUUGACAUAAACAGUUGCUUUCAUUACAUUUACAUUUUACAUUUUAGUCAUUUAGCAGACGCUCUUAUCCAGAGCGACUUACAGUUAGUGAGUGCAUACAUUUUCAUACUGAUGUAUACUGACGUAUGUGACAUAGGUACAGUGAGGGAAAAAAGUAUUUGAUCCCCUGCUGAUUUUGUACGUUUGCCCACUGACAAAGAAAUAAUCAGUCUAUAAUUUUAAUGGUAGGUUUAUUUGAACAGUGAGAGACAACAACAAAAUCCAGAAAAACGCCAGAAAAAUCCAGGAAAACGCAUGUCAAAAAUUUGAUAAAUUGAUUUGCAUUUUAAUGAGUUGAAGUCAGAAGUUUACAGACACUUAGGUUGGAGUCAUUAAAACUUGUUUUUCAACCACUCCACACAUUUCUUGUUAACAAACUAUAGUUUUGGCAAGUCGGUUAGGACAUCUACUUUGUGCAUGACACAAGUAAUCUUCCAACAAUUGUUUACAGACAGAUUAUUUCAAUUCUAAUUCACUGUAUCACAAUUCCAGUGGGUCAGAAGUUUACAUACACUAAGUUGACUGCCUUUAAACAGCUUGGAAAAUUCCAGAAAAUGAUGUCAUGGCAUUAGAAGCUUCUGAUAGGCUAAUUUACAUAAUUUGAGUCAAUUGGAGGUGUACCUGUGGAUGUAUUUCAAGGCCUACCUUCAAACUCAAAAUAAAUCAGCCAAGACCUCAGAAAAACAAUUGUAGACCUCCACAAGUCUGUUUCAUCCUUGGGAGCAAUUUCCAAAUGCCUGAAGGUACCACGUUCAUCUGUACAAACAAUAGUACGCAAGUAUAUACACCAUGGGACCACGCAGCCGUCAUACCGCUCAGGAAGGAGACGUGUUCUGUCUCCUAGAGAUGAAAGUACUUUGGUGCGAAAAAUGCAAAUCAAUCCCAGAACAACAGCGAAGGACCUUGUGAAGAUGCUGGAGGAAACAGGUACAAAAGUAUCUAUAUCCACAGUAAAACGAGUCCUAUAUCGACAUAACCUGAAAGGCCACGCAGCAAGGAAGAAGCCACUGCUCCAAAACCGCCAUAAAAAAGCCAGACUACGGUUUGCAACUGCACAUGGGGACAAAGAUCGUACUUUUAGGAGAAAUGUCCCCUGGCCUAAUGAAACAAAAAUACAACUGUUUGGCCAUAAUGACCAUCGUCAUAUUUGGAGGAAAAUGGGGGAUCUUGCAAGCCGAAGAAGACCAUCCCAACCGUGAAGCACAGGGGUGGCAGCAUCAUGCUGUGGGGGUCAUGCUGCUACAGGAGGGACUGGUGCACAUCACAAAAUAGAUGGCAUCAUGAGGAAAGAAAAUGAUGUGGCUAUAUUGAAGCAACAUCUCAAGACAUCAGUCAGGAAGUUAAAGCUUGGUCGUAAAUGGGUCUUCCAAAUGGACAAUGACCCCAAGCAUACUUCCAAAGUUGUGGCAAAAUGGCUGAAGGACAACAAAGUCAAGGUAUUGGAGUGGCCAUCACAAAGCCCUGACCUCAAUCCUAUAGAACAUUUGUGGGCAGAACUGAAAAAGCAUGUGCGAGCAAGGAGGCCUACAAUCCUGAUUCAGUUACACCAGCUCUAUCAGGAGGAAUGGGCCAAAAUUUUAUUGUGGGAAGCUUGUGGAAGGCUACCCAAAACGUUUGACCCAAGUUAACCAAUUUAAAGGCAAUGCUACCAAAUACUAAUUGAGUGUAUGUAAACUUCUGACCCACUGGGAAUGUGAUGAAAGAAAUGAAAGCUGAAAUAAAUCAUUCUCUCUACUAUUAUAAUAAUAAUAUGCCAUUUAGCAGACGCUUUUAUCCAAAGCGACUUACAGUCAUGCGUGCAUACAUUUUUUUUUUGUGUAAGGGUGGUCCCGGGGAUCGAACCCACUACCUUGGCGUUACAAGCGCCGUGCUCUACCAGCUGAGCUACAGAGGACCACAAUUAUUCUGACAUUUCACAUUCUUAAAAUAAAGUGGUGAUCCUAACUGACCUAAGACAGUUUUUACUAGGAUUAAAUGUCAGGAAUUGUGAAAAACUGAGUUUAAAUAUAUUUGGCUAAGGUGUAUGUAAACUUCCGACUUCAACUGUAAGUAUUUGACCCCCUCUCAAUCAGAAAGAUGUCUGGCUCCAAGGUGUCUUUUAUACAGGUAACAAGCUGAUAUUAGGAGCACACUCUUAAAGGGAGUGCUCCUAAUCUCAGCUUGUUACCUGUAUAAAAGACACCUGUCCACAGAAGCAAUCAAUCAAUCAGAUUCCAAACUCUCCACCAUGGCCAAGACCAAAGAGCUCUCCAAGGAUGUCAGGGACAAGACUGUAGACCUACACAAGGUCUCCCUCGGCCUGUGGCUCCAUCCAAGAUCUCACCUCGUGGAGUUGCAAUGAUCAUGAGAACGGUGAGGAAUCAGCCCAGAACUACACGGGAGGAUCUUGUCAAUGUUCUCAAGGCAGCUGGGACCAUAGUCACCAAGAAAACAAUUGGUAACACACUAUGCCGUGAAGGACUGAAAUCCUGCAGCGCCCGCAAGGUCCCCCUGCUCAAGAAAGCACAUAUACAGGGCCGUCUGAAGUUUGCCAAUGAACAUCUGAAUGAUUCAGAGGAGAACUGGGUGAAAGUGUUUUGGUCAGAUGAGACCAAAAUCGAGCUCUUUGGCAUCAACUCAACUCGCCGUGUUUGGAGGAGGAGGAAUGCUGCCUAUGACCCCAAGAACACCAUCCCCACCGUCAAACAUGGAGGUGGAAACAUUAUGCUUUGGGGGUGUUUUUCUGCUAAGGGGACAGGACAACUUCACCGCAUCAAAGGGACGAUGGACGGGGCCAUGUACCAUCAAAUCUUGGGUGAGAACCUCCUUCCCUCAGCCAGGGCAUUGAAAAUGGGUCGUGGAUGGGUAUUCCAGCAUGACAAUGACCCAAAACACAGGGCCAAGGCAACAAAGGAGUGGCUCAAGAAGAAGCACAUUAAGGUCCUGGAGUGGCCUAGCCAGUCUCCAGACCUUAAUUCCAUAGAAAAUCUGUGGAGGGAGCUGAAGGUUCGAGUUGCCAAACGUCAGCCUCGAAACCUUAAUGACUUGGAGAAGAUCUACAAAGAGGAGUGGAACAAAAUCCCUCCUGAGAUGUGUGCAAACCUGGUGGCCAACUACAAGAAACGUCUGACCUCUGUGAUUGCCAACAAGGUUUUUGCCACCAAGUACUAAGUCAUGUUUUGCAGAGGGGUCAAAUACUUAUUUCCCUCAUUAAAAUGCAAAUCAAUUUAUAACAUUUUUGACAUGCGUUUUUCAGGAUUUUUUUGUUGUUAUUCUGUCUCUCACUGUUCAAAUAAACCUACCAUUAAAAUUAUAGACUGAUCAUGUCUUUGUCAGUGGGCAAACGUACAAAAUCAGCAGGGGAUCAAAUACUUUUUUCCCUCACUGUAUUCUUACUAGGCUUAAUACCCUGAUUCAAACACCCAUUAAGAGAACUCAUCUCAGUAGAAGUGAUGAUACCUUCUCCACUCCCCUGAGGAACUUGUCUGUUCCUGUGUAGUUCCUCUUAGGCUCAGUCAGUAACUCACACAGACAUGAGUUUUAUUGACGAAAGAAAGUCUGCCAAAGCAAAAACCUGAUGAAAAUGAAUUGAUAUGAAUUCUGUAAAAACAGAAAUAAUUUGCUCAGUGGGAAAUGAAUAUCCAACUAGUCAAUGACAACUGUGUGGAGUUUGGAGUUUGUGACAGCAACUAUGUGAGCUUAUUACAGUAUUAUAGACACUAUGUCCUGGGAUUUCCUAUGGUCUUCUACGUAGAUGAACCCCUUACCUUCUAACAACUCUUGUGUAGCUUGUGAGGGUCAUAGAGCGUGCAUGCUUGUGAGAGUCUCAGCUUUUCAUAGAUAUAUUCUUAUAGUUUGAAUCUCAAACCAUUCUGACUACAGACGUUUUUGUAAGAAAAGACACAGCCUGGGCCCCUUCGGGAUCUGCCCACACACCACUCUGGCUCAGCCCCUGUUAAUCACACAGACUAAUGGUUGGUACCAGCGUAUGCAGAGAAAUAGUCAAAUCUGAUGGUAUAACCAGAAGUCUGUAGCUCAAACACACAAUGUUUAAAAGGGGUUAGAAGUUCUAAAUUGGUGGGACUCAUUGGGUUAAGGAUCUAAUAACUUUCUCACUCAUCAUUAUUCACGAUUCAUUCAUGAUUAUCCAUAAUCAUGGUAGCAGCCACAUUAAUGUAGAAGUGUUCAGAAACACUUAUAUUCUUAUUUACAAUAAAAGUGACUCCAAAAUGGCACCACACGUUAUUUACUAUUGAUUUCUAUUGGGCACAACAUAAUCUGAAACACAACCAAAACAAACUGCAAAUGCAUGCAAAAUGUUUGUAGAGUCACAAGCUUGAUGUAAUCAUUGCAUGCUAGGAAUAUGGGACGAAAUACUACACUAUAAGUUAAUUUGUCCAAAUACUUGACACCUUGAAAUGAGGUGACUGAAUACGUAAAGUGCAUUUAUUUCUAAAUGGUAAAACAGAUAUUCAUGAAAAUACCCUCAAAUAAAAGGUGACAUUCUGUACUGUCGCCUCAUAUAAAACAUUUGAUCUCAAAUCCAAAAUCCCGGAGAAUAAUUAAAAGUUUUAGCUUCACUGUCAAAAUAAAUACGUAGGAUAGUGUAUGUAGCAAAUGUUUUCGAAUGGCCAGACAUCUGGAUUUUAUGUAAAUUAAAAAGGUAGCAGCAUCUGUCCCCAUCUCCUUAAUCAUGAGGAAUGACCCGUUGUUUCUGGCAGUGUUCUGAUACACAGACUGUCUGUCUUCUCUCCCUCUCUCCAUCCAGACGGCUGUCCAGGCCUGUGCAAUGGCCGCGGUCGCUGCACCCUAGAACAGAGCGGGUGGCACUGUGUGUGCCAGGCGGGCUGGAGCGGCAUAGGAUGCAACAUCGUCAUGGAGACAGAGUGUGAUGACAACACCGACAAUGACAGAGGUAAGGUCCCUGUGGAUGGUGGCCUGUCUGUGACUCAAUAAUGAUUAAUGACUUGACCUCCAGCGGCGGUGAAGGUCAGGAUGAGGAAAUAUUUAGGACCACUUCUCCUUCCCGACAUCUGAACCAACGAGCCUUUUCAUUUUCAUUUCCAUUUUCCUUUUGUUAGAUUAUCACUACAGUAGUUGCCAUGGCUCUCAGACCAAGGGGACCUCUAGGUUUUCUCUCAGUAAUUUACUGAUGGUGUGCUGCCUGCUGCUUGGCUCCUCUGAGGAUUAAUGCUUGAGCGUAGCCCCUGGUGUUCCAGUGAACAGGGAGCCAGAAAUGAGGCUUUGGAGCUCGGGUUCAAUGCCCAUGUCUUUGAGGGAAACGUAAAAGAGGGAGAAAAAGGCCAUUUGUUAAAGCAAGGGUAACCUAGUUGUUCCCUGACUUACAUCACAUGUUAUUGUUGUUUCAAAGUAAAAAAAAAGAGAAAGUCAAGUUUACAAUUAUGUAAUAUGAAAUGUAAAACAUGUUUGUGUAAUGUAGUAAUUACUGUAGUCUGGUAUAAUACAAAUUGUGAUUGACAGGUUAGAAAACAUAUUGCUUCUGUUUAGGCACCAUGUCUCAUCGAGAGCCAGCUUCUUCAUGUAUAUGUCCCUCUGUAUAUGAGGUGUACAUUGGCUACAUUAGACUGCAUCUAGUUCCUUUGUAUGUGGCAAAGGAGAUAAAAGCAUAAUACAGUUACCAUCAGUCAAGCUACCAUCUGGAAACAGGGAUGUGGUUGGAGUGUGAACUCCUUUACCUAAAAAAAGUAAAGUUUAUGAUAAUACAAUAUUAGGUGUAAUAUGUAGAAAUGAAGAGUCAUUAUGAAUUAAUUUAAAGUGACAGGCUACAAGAUAUACUGAUUCUGUUUGAGCACUAUGUCUCAUCCAAUUCCACUACAUGAGUCAGAUGUUUAAUUAAAAUGUACCUCUUUAUAUAAGGUGCAAAAUUGGCUACAUUAGACUGCAUCUAGUUCCUUUAAAUGUGCAGACAGAAGGCUGCGUUUACACAGGCAGCCCAAUUCAGAUCUUUUUUCAACUAAUUGGUCUUUUGACCAAUCAGAUUAGAAAAAGAUCUGAUGUGAAAAGAGCUGAUGUGAUUGGUCAAAAGACCAAUUCGUUGAAAAAAGAUCUGUAUUGGGCUGAAGUGUCAGAAGGUAAGAGCAUAAUAUUGUGUACAGCCUCUACAGUCUAGCUAGUGUCUGAAAAACAGGGAGAUGUGGAUUUGAGCGUGAACUCUUUUACCUCACCCACUCCUCAUGGUUUCCCAGCUCUGGCUGCUUGUACAAUUACCUCUUACCUUGACAGUGUUAAGUCAGAUUAUUUAUCCCAGGAAGCUUCUAGAUUGAAGCAAGACAGCUUCUUCACUUUAACAAUUAUUCAUUCUUUGCUAAUUUUCACAGUUUCUCUAGCCGUGUUAGUGUGCAUUCCCCUGUGUGUGCCUGUGCAUGUGAUAAGGCAGGCAUGUGCAGCGUGAUGUUAGUGUAUCUUUGUUUUGUUUGUGUUGAUCAUAAAUCAUGCACUGUAUUUUCUUUCCUCACCCACUACAAUAGAAAACAAAAUCACGUUCAGUUCAGUGAUGUGCGGCAACCUGGGCAGUAAACGUUCACUCUGUCAUUCUACAACCUAAAUGAAUGCUAUUCACGGCAGCUAUGACUCUCCCUUCAAAGAUGAUACCUCAGCAUUGUGUGUGAGUUCUUAUGACUGAUGGGAAUCUUGGAUGAUGUACAUUCAUUUUGGCCCUCCUUUGAUGGAGAGGGAAACUGUAGGAGGCUCAAAUUGGCAGACACUCCAACAAAGGAGAGGAGGAAAUAAUCACCCCAUGCCAAUUACUUCCCCAAGCCAAUAUAUAUAUGUCAAAAUCCCAGAACAUAUUCCUAUUUUCAUCUCAUCUCAACUCCAUUAGAAAUGCCAUUUAUAUUCCAAAUGAGGCCUCAUCAGAGGCAUUGGUUGAAAAAACUAAAUGGCAAAUGAUCACCUGAAAAAGAGCAGUGAUUAAGAGAAAAGAUAAUGACUUUUCCAACCAGCUGUAAAUGAGUUGCUAUAACUACAAAUUACCAUCCAGUCUUCAUUAUGAACAUGGUGGCUGUGCAUUGCUGAUGCACAAUGCUUUGUUUUACUUUUGCAGCUAUGGAGUGCAUUAAUUAUACAACAAUAGAUCCAGAACAUGGAUAGCAAUUGUCACCCAAAGAAAUGUUUUCUUCAUGAUUUUAUUGCAUUGUUUAUUUGUUGAUUAUGUAAGUAUCGUGGCAAUGGCAGGUACAGUACAGGUGCCAUUGUUCUUAGAUACAUUAUUGUUGUGAGAUGUUCUAAUAUUGUAACCACCAAAAUGAAUGCAUUUUGGUCAUGACCAGUGUAGUUACGGCCAACCCUGCCAACCAGCUAAUGGCUGGGCACCAGGCCUCUAAUUUCCCGGCGGCCAUGGCCGUCGUUGCCCCCUUGUGUGGCCGUAAUGCCCCUAAACAUAUUCAUGCCUUGUGGCCGUUGUGCCCUUGGGCUGAAUAUAAUAAUUAUAAUUCCCUUCCCCCUGCUGCCAAUCGCUCCGAAGCACCUCUCACUCACAUGGCUCUCUCAGAUAUCUAAAUUCUUAUUAGCCAAUGCCCGUCACGUGAUCGGGUCCUUCUCACAGGCAUCGCAGCUCUGAAGUAGGCUACAAGUGAAGCCAGACACAACGGGGAUGCUGCGGCGUGCAUAUUGAAGAUGUUAGAAGAACUGUCCACAUUUACUUUUCAUCAGCCAACAAGAUGAGUAAGCCUAACGAACAGCAAAAGCACUAGCCUAUGUCAAUCUACUAAUUAUUUAUGUACAUUUACAUACACAAUUUAAUUGACUAUUUUGGUUAAUAGUCUUGGUGCCCUAGCAGAUGGCCUUGGUGCCCUGGCAGAUUCGGCACCUCUUGAAGGCCAAAUGGACUUGCCCCUAAAAUCAUGACAUUUUAGGCCUGCUGGGCACGGUGCCGCCCUUACUUUGGCAAUCCAGCUCUGAAUGGGGAUAUUAUGGCUCUCGGCCCAGUAGUUAUGCUGCUGUGUUAGCCAGUUGUUUACUGAAUUUAAGCUUGUCACUUUUAUUUGGCACAUACUGUAUCAUUACACCUUGUUACAUUAUGUUAACAUAGUUACUAUCUUAUUACAUUACCUUAGUAUAGUUCCUAUCUUAUUAUAUUCUGUAAACAGACUUAACAUUUUAUUCUGAAUUAAUUCCGCAUUGCACUUAUAUUUGCCAUACUUUUAAAAUAAAGCAUAUUUACAUAUCGCGGAAGGUGUGUACAAAAGAACAAGAGACAUUAUUCUGCUUUUAAUUACCAAUGCAAUUUUGCUGUGAUGAAUGUCAGCAUUCACUUAAGCACAAUUUAAACUGGCUGUGUGAGAGGAGUCUAUGGAUUUAAUGGACCCGAUGCGCUGCCCUUGCUCAGACCCACAUUAUAUUAGACAUUAAAGAGAACAUAAUUAGGAAGGCACUAUACUGCAAUUAUAGAGCGGCAAGUAAGUGCAGUAUACUGUAUUGAGACUGUAUAAAUCAGAAGUGCAUUUUGCUCCUUGUCAGAAAUCAUCUAGACCAGGGGUCUCCAACCUUUUCUAGCAUGAGAGCUACUUUUAAAUUAUGAAACAUGUCGCGAGCUACUCAUAAUUUUUUUCCUAGCUUUCGAAUAGGCACUCUUUGUAUUUUCCCGAAUACUGUUUUCUCAGUUGUAUUUUUCCUGGUUUGGGAUAUUUUCAGUUUUUCACUCUCAAUAUUACAAUUAUUCAUAGACGUGGAGAUGCUGAUGAAUAACAAUAUAUCUAGCUGCUAGAUACAGUAUAUUGUUAUUCAUCAGUAUCUCCACGUUUUUCAUGUUUAAAUCAUCACAGCAAAGCCAUGUCUAACUGAUCUUGAUUACUGUGUGUUAAAGGCUCAAUAGGGUGGAGUGGAUGUACUCCCACUUUGGAGAAACAUUAUCGAUGUAUUCUAUAUAAUUUGGAAAUUUGAUUUACAGUUUCAAACCACUUGAGAGAUUUUAUCUCAAUUUCGCAUGGUCCUCUGUGCUUUGAAUGUUAUGUAGUCCUCCCACUUGUAUUACAUUGUGAGCCUGAGAUACUGUACAGUGUAGACUUAGCUGUGAUGAUGUUGUGUUAUUGUGUUGGUGUAGAUGGCCUGACAGACUGUGUGGACCCAGACUGCUGCCAGCAGCCUAGCUGCCACAGUGGGCCUCUGUGCCAGGGCUCCCCGGACCCCCUGGACCUAAUCCAGCAGAGCCAGACACCCUUCGCCUCGCUCCUCUCACGCCUCUUCUAUGACCGUGUCCACUUCCUGGUUGGGAAGGACAGCACCCAUGUCUUCCCUGGAGACAUCCCAUUCGACAGCAGGUAGAGUAGAUAAUAGAUAGUUUGCAUGGAUGAACAGAAAUAGCUUGUUAUACUGUAGAAUCACACUGAACAAACAUAUGCAACAUGUAAAGUGUUGGUCCCACGUUUCAUCAGCUGAAAUAAAAGAUCCCAGAAAUUUUCCAUACGCACAAAAAGCUUCUUUCUCUCAAAUGUUUUGCACUAAUUUCUUUACAUCCCUGUUAGUGAGCAUUUCUCCUUUGCUAAGAUAAUCCAUCCACGUGACAGGUGUGGCAUAUCAAGAAGCUGAAAAAGGCCACUCUAAAAUGUACAGUUUUGUCACACAACACAAUGUCACAGAUGUCUCAAGUUUUGAGGAAGCGUGCAAUUGGCAUGCUAACUGCAGGAAGGUCCACUAGAGCUGUUGCCAGAUAAUUUCCUGUUAAUUUCUCUACCAAAAGCUGCCUCCAACGUAGUUUUAGAGAAUUUGGCAGUACAUCCAAUCGGCCUCACAACCGCAGACCACGUGUAACUACGCCAGCCCAGGACCUCCACAUCCAGCUUCUUCAACUGCUGGAUGGUCUGAGACCAGCCACCCGUACAGCUGAUGAAACUGUGGGUUUGCACAAUCGAAGAAUUUCUGCACAAACUGUCAGAAACCGUCUCAGGGAAGCUCAUCUGCUUGCUUGUCUUCAUCACCAGGGUCUUGACCUGACUGCAGUUCGGUGUCGUAACUGACUUUAGUGGGCAAAUGCUCACCUUCGAUGGCCACUGGCACGCUGGAAAAGUGUGCUCUUUAGGAUGAAUCCCGGUUUCAACUGUACCGGGCAGAUGGCAGACAACAUAUAUGGCGUCGUGUGGGCGAGCGGUUUGCUGAUGUCAACAUUGUGACAGUGCCCCAAGGUAGCGGUGGGGUUAUGGUAUGGGCAGACAUAAGCUACGGACAGCGAACACAAUAGCAUUUUAUCGAUGGCAAUUUGAAUGCACAGAGAUACCGUGAUGAGAUCCUGAGGCCCAUUAUCGUGCCAUUCAUCCGCCGCCAUCACCUUUCAGCAUGAUAAUGCACGGCCCCAUGUCGCAAGGAUCUAUACACAAUUCCUGGAAACUGAAAAUGUCCCAGUUCUGCCAUGGCCUACAUACUUACCAGACAUGUCACCCAUUGAGCAUGUUUGGGAUGCUCUGGAUCGACGUGUACAACAGCGUGUUCCAGUUCUCGCCAAUAUCCAGCAACUUCGCACACCCAUUGAAGAGGAGUGGGACAACAUUCCACAGGCCACAAUCAACAGCCUGAUCAACUCUAUGCGAAGCAAAUGAUGGUCACACCAGAUAUUGACUGGUUUUCAGAUCCACGCCCCCACUUUUUUUAAAGGUAUCUGUGACCAACAGAUGCAUGUCUGUAUUCCCAGUCAUGUGAAAUCCAUAGAUUAAGGCCUAAUGAAUUUAUUUCAUUUGACUGAUUUCCUUUUAUGAACUGUAACUCAGUAAAAUCUUUGAAAUUGUUGCAUGUAGCGUUUAUAUUUUUGUUCAGUGUAUCAUUGCCACUGAAGUACAGAUCCCGUUCUACAUAGCUAUUUGUAGGCUACCACAGUGAAUGGAUAUAGCACAUUUGCCUUUGUCAACUGAACUGGAAAACACUGCAACUUGUUAUAGUAGAAUGUAUUUACCCAGUGAAAUAAAACCUGCUCUCUCCUAGCCGAGCCUCAGUGAUCCGGGGGCAGGUGGUAGCAGUAGACGGGACCCCACUGGUGGGGGUAAACAUCAGCUUCCAGCAGUACCCCGAAUUCGGCUUCUCUGUCAGUCGCCAGGAUGGCAGGUAGGUAGACAGUGGUCAAGUAUUGUAUGUGGAUACUAUAGUAAACUGGCUUAUGAUGCUGAGAUAGUCUUGCUCUUAUUUGUGUUGAUUCUGUUCCUGUAGUUUUGACCUAGUGGCUGCAGGGGGCAUCUCAGUCUCCCUGAUCUUCCAGAGGGCUCCCUUCCUCAUGCAGAAACGCACCGUCUGGUUACCAUGGAACCAGUUUGUGGUUGUAGAGAAGGUCACCAUGUCGAGGGUGGAGUCUCGCCCCCUUGUGUGUGACCUGAAGAACCUGGUCAGUCCCUACCCAAUCGUCCUCCCCUCCCCUCUCACCCGUUUCGCCAGCACCUGUGAGGAGCGAGGCCCAGCCAUCCCUGAGCUGCAGGUACAGUAGACUGCCCACUCACCAGCCAGUAAUAAACAUAAUAUAUACAGUAAUAUACAGUCCCAGUGGUGCUCAUUCAGCUUACAACCUAUACUCUACUCGCAAUAUCAUGUUAUGAUGACUUCCAGGUGUAAGUGAUAAAUGGUUGUUUUUAUUCCAAUUGCUGCAUUUUUCUUUAGUAGGAGAUUGAAAUGUUAGUUUUUUUCGUUCUUCUGCAUCCUGUCAAAUUUUCACCAGGUUCAUAUUGUACCUGUGAAAUCAUCUUAGAAUCUCACACUAAUCAGUUGCCGGGGCGCUUUAUUCACAGAGCUGCCAUCUGCUUGCUAUUUUCUCCCCCGAUCCCCCGAUCCCCCUGAUAUUCCUAUCUCUUUGGAACUGUGUUUUGCAGCGUGUAGACGACUAGACGUCCUAGUUUGUUGUGGGAGAUAAUGGAACUGAUAGUGAUUUUAAUGAGGAGCCAGUUCAGAAUGAUUGAAGCUGUGAGCAGUGAAGGGUGGGAGUGGGGGUUAGAUCAUCAGCAGUAAUUAAAAUGUCCUCCUGUACAUUGCUAAUGAUAUAGGAUAUAUAGUUGUUAUUUAGUAUUCUAGGGGCAACGUGUUACAAAUAAUGUUCAAAGUUAGAAAAGUGUCAAGUAUCGUUAUUUUGAUUUGGUUUCAAGAAAGUGAUAUACACUACGUGCAAGUAUAUCUUGGAGCGAGUACAAACACCAAGUGAUCAAAGAUUCUUUACUGAAAAAGUUUUUAAAUGUUUCUAUACGUACAGUCUGUAUCCUUGGGGCUUGUGAAGCUUUUCCAACCCCUGGUUACCAAUAGCACGUAAUAACAGCAGGCGAAAUAUUUUAUCCUCCUCCUCAGGCUGUCCAAGAGGAGAUCACCAUCCCUGGCAGUUUCUUAAAGCUCAGCUACCUGAGCACCCGCUCCCCUGGCUACAAGUCUCUGUUACGCAUCAUCUUAACCCACUCCAUCAUCCCCACUGGCCUGGCUAAGGUGCACGUAUCCUCCGCCAUCGAGGGACGCCUCUUCCAGAAGUGGUUCCCUGCCGCCCCCAACCUGGUCUAUGUCCUGGCCUGGAACAAGACUGAUGUCUAUGGGCAGAAAGUGUUGGGCCUGGCCCAAGCUCUGGGUAAGAUAGUAUGGAGCACUUGAAUCAUAUACAUUCAGAUUCCCUAUAGGGCAAAUAUAAUGUGCUGUAUUUCACUCCCUUGACAGUUUACACCCAAGGGAUGAAAGCAAGCAAGAAUUCUCCAUUGGGUAACUGCGAGAGACAAUCUGUAGAUAAUGGCAGAUAAAUAUCUAUUAAGACAGUAUAAUGUUCAACAGUGUAACAGCAGAACAGCAUGUUACUUUUGUUAUACUUUAUCUUUAGAUAAUACACUGCUCAAAAAAAUAAAGGGAACACUAAAAUAACACAUCCUAGAUCUGAAUGAAUGAAAUAAUCUUAUUAAAUACUUUUUUGACAACAAAAUCACACAAAAAUGAUCAAUGGAAAUCAAAUUCAUCAACCCAUGGAGGUCUGGAUUUGGAGUCACCCUCAAAAUUAAAGUGGAAAACCACACUACAGGCUGAUCCAACUUUUAUGUAAUGUCAUUAAAACAAGUCAAAAUGAGGCUCAGUAGUGUGUGUGGUCUCCACGUGCCUGUAUGACCUCCCUACAACGCCUGGGCAUGCUCCUGAUGAGGUGGCGGAUGGUCUCCUGAGGGAUCUCCUCCCAGACCUGGACUAAAGCAUCCGCCAACUCCUGGACAGUCUGUGGUGCAACGUGGCGUUGGUGGAUGGAGCGAGACAUGAUGUCCCAGAUGUGCUCAAUUGGAUUCAGGUCUGGGGAACAGACGGGCCAGUCCAUAGCAUCAAUGCCUUCCUCUUGCAGGAACUGCUGACACACUCCAGCCACAUGAGGUCUAGCAUUGUCUUACAUUAGGAGGAACCCAGGGCCAACCGCACCAGCAUAUGUUCUCACAAGGGGUCUGAGGAUCUCAUCUCGGUACCUAAUGGCAGUCAGGCUACCUCUGGCGAGCACAUGGAGGGCUGUGCAGCCCCCCAAAGAAAUGCCACCCCACACCAUGACUGUUCCACCGCCAAACCGGUCAUGCUGGAGGAUGUUGCAGGCAGCAGAACAUUCUCCACGGCGUCUCCAGACUCUGUCAAGUCUGUCACAUGUGCUCAGUGUGAACCUGCUUUCAUCUGUGAAGAGCACAGGGCGCCAGUGGCGAAUUUGCCAAUCUUGGUGUUCUCUGGCAAAUGCCAAACGUCCUGCACGGUGUUGGGCUGUAAGCACAAACCCCACCUGUGGAUGUCGGGCCCUCAUACCACCCUCAUGGAGUCUGUUUCUGACCAUUUGAGCAGACACAUGCACAUUUGUGGCCUGCUGGAGGUCAUUUUGCAGGGCUCUGGCAGUGCUCCUCCUGCUCCUCCUUGCACAAAGGCGGAGGUAGCAGUCCUGCUGCUGGGUUGUUGCCCUCCUACGGCCUCCUCCACGUCUCCUGAUGUACUGGCCUGUCUCCUGGUAGCGCCUCCAUGCUCUGGACACUACGCUGACAGACACAGCAAAUCUUCUUGCCACAGCUCGCAUUGAUGUGCCAUCCUGGAUGAGCUGCACUACCUGAGCCACUUGUGUGGGUUGUAGACUCCGUCUCAUGCUACCACUAGAGUGAAAGCACCGCCAGCAUUCAAAAGUGACCAAAACAUCAGCCAGGAAACAUAGGAACUAAGAAGUGGUCUGUGGUCACCACCUGCAAAACCAGUCCUUUAUUGGGGGUGUCUUGCUAAUUGCCUAUAAUUUCCACCUGUUGUCUAUUCCAUUUGCACAACAGCAUGUGAAAUGUAUUGUCAAUCAGUGUUGCUUCUUAAGUGGACAGUUUGAUUUCACAGAAGUGUGAUUGACUUGGAGUUACAUUGUGUUGUUUAAGUGUUCCCUUUAUUUUUUUGAGCAGUGUACAAUCACACAGAGCUCGUCCCCUGUAGCUCAGUUGGUAGAGCAUGGCGCUUGCAACGCCAGGGUUGUGGGUUCGUUUCCCAUGGGGGGCCAGUAUGAACAUGUAUGCACUCACUGACUGUAAGUCGCUCUGGAUAAGAGCGUCUGCUAAAUGAUGCAAAUGUAAAGAGAUUGUCAGUGUGUUAAUGGUCAGUAGUAUGAAAGCCUGAGAGAUUUUUCAAGGGCCACAUAUAAACUCUAUAUCAGUGGUUGAUUUAGUGUGCCGUCUGCCUAUUGGGAGCUACAGCUCUGAUGCAUUGUUGCAAUUUGUCUUAAUGGAGAGAGUGUUACAAAUCUAAAUGGAAUAGAAAGCAGGAGACACCCAGCUAGCACAUUUGGUUCCUUGGAAGUUGUGGGAACGUAUGUUUUUGGUUUCCCAUUGGUUCUGGGAACGGUAAAACUGAAAGUAGUUUAAAUGUUCUGAGAACAGAAGUGAACAUUUCGCCUGUUCUGGGAACUAAAAUGUUUAGUUGCAAGGAGGUUCUGAGAACGUUUUACUAUGGUUCCCUGAAAGUUUUCCUGGGAGGUUUUAUUACCGUUUUGAGAUCGGAAAUUAUAGGUUAUUUUGAGGUUUUUGAAUAACUUACUUAAAAUGUUCACUGAAUGUUUCAAUAAUACGUUUAAUAAUACUGCUAGCUUAGUUUGGGUUAACUGUUUUGAACUCCAAGCACAGGUAGGACAUAUAGAAAUUAAUUUGCUUGGCAUUAAUCAUGCAAACACAUAAAUUUUUUAUUGUGGCAUGGCGUCAGGGAGAUUUUAACAUACAGUGCCUUGCAAAAGUAUUCAUCCCCCUUGGCAUUCUUCCUAUUUUGUUGUAUUACAACCUGUAAUUUAAAUGGAUUUUUAUUUGGAUUUCAUGUAAUGGACAUACAGAAAAUAGUCCAAAUUGGUGAAAUGAAAUGAACAAAAUAACUUGUUUAAAAAAAUAAAUAACGGAAAAGUGGUGCGUGCAUAUGUAUUCACCCCUUUUGCUGUGAAGCUCCUAAAUAAGAUUUGGUGCAACUAAUUACCUUCAGAAGUCACAUAAUUAGUUAAAUAAAGUAUAAAGUGUCACAUGAUCUGUCACAUGAUCUCAGUAUAUAUACACCUGUUCUGAAAGGUUCCAGAGUCUGCAACACCACUACGCAAGUGGUAUCACCAAGCAAGCGGCACCAUGAAGACCAAGGAGCUCUCCAAACAGGUCAGGGACAGAGUUGUGGAGAAGUACAGAUCAGGGUUGGGUUAUAAAAAAAAUCAGAAACUUUGAACAUCCCACGGAGCACCAUUAAAUCCAUUAUUAAAAAAUUUAAAGAAUAUGGCACCACAACAAACCUGCCAAGAGAGGGCCGCCCACCAAAACUCACGGACCAGGCAAGGAAGGCAUUAAUCAGAGAGGCAACAAAGAGACCAAAGAUAACCCUGUAGGAGCUGCAAAGCUCCACAGCGAAGAUUGGAGUAUCUGUCCAUAGGACCACUUUAAGUUGUACAUUCCACAGAGCUGGGCUUUACGGAAGAGUGGCAAAGAAAAAAGCCAUUGCUUGAAGAAAGAAAUAAGCAAACAUGUUUGGUGUUCGCCAAAAGGCAUGUGGGAGACUCCCCAAACAUAUGGAAGAAGGUACUCUGGUCAGAUGAGACUAAAAUUGAGCUUUUUGGCCAUCAAGGAAAACGGUAUGUCUGGCGCAAACCCAACACCUCUCAUCACCCCGAGAACACCAUCCCCACAGUGAAGCAUGGUAGUGGCAGCAUCAUGCUGUGGGGAUGUUUUUCAUCGGCAGGGACUGGGAAACUGGUCAGAAUUGAAGGAAUGAUGGAUGGCACUAAAUACAGGGAAAUUCUUGAGGGAAACCUGUUUCAGUCUUCCAGAUUUUGAGAGUGGGAUGGAGGUUCACCUUCCAGCCGGACAAUGACCCUAAGCAUACUGCUAAAGCAACACUCGAGUGGUUUAAGGGGAAACAUUUAAAUGUCUUGGAAUGGCCUAGUCAAAGCCCAGACCUCAAUCCAAUUGAGAAUCUGUGGUAUGACUUAAAGAUUGCUGUACACCAGCGGAACCCAUCCAACUUGAAGGAGCUGGAGCAGUUUUGCCUUGAAGAAUGGGCAAAAAUCCCAGUGGCUAGAUGUGCCAAGCUUAUAGAGACAUACCCCAAGAGACUUGCAGCUGUAAUUGCUGCAAAAGGUGGCUCUACAAAGUAUUGACUUUUGGUGGGGUGAAUAGUUAUGCACACUCAAGUUCUCUUUUUUUGUCUUAUUUCUUGUUUGUUUCACAAUAAAAAAUAUUUUGCAUCUUCAAAGUGGUAGGCAUGUUGUGUAAAUCAAAUGAUGUAAACCCCCCCAAAAUCCAUUUUAAUUCCAGGUUGUAAGGCAACAAAAUAGGAAAAAUGCCAAGCGGGGUGAAUACUUUCGCAAGCCACUGUAUGAUCUUCUGUUGUCUAUCUAUGGAAUUAUUCCACUGCGCCACCAGGAUGGAGCUAGCAUGCCAUGUUUUUUUAAAUCAUACAAAGCUGUUAAUUUUUGUCUAUUCAAACAGACCCCAUUUAAAAGGAAACAAGCACACAUUAAGAGCAGGUGUGGCCAAUUAGUGGGUGCAGCCAACACACCUGAACACACUUAACAAGAUAGAGUUUUGUAGACGCUGAGAACGGAAUGUAUAUGUUUUUCAAUAACAUUCUUUGAACCUUACUAAUGUUUUCUUGUGGUUUUUAUGGAAAGUUUUCUUAAUGUUCUGAGAACGAACAUGACUUUAAAUAGAACCAUGAGGAAACCUGCAGAAAACGUUAUGCUGAAGUACUGAGAACGUUGUUUCUUAACGUUCUCUGAACUACUUGAGUACAUUCCCAAUGUCAAACAAGUUGGAGAAUGUUCCUAGAACAUUACUAAACAAUUUAAUUAAAUGUAACCAUGUUUGAACUUUUAGGAAAUUAAAGUAUUGAAAUACCAAGAAAAUUACGUUAUUCUGUCAAUUUCCUUAAAUGUGCUGAGAAUGUUCCCAAGCCAAGCAACUAUCCUGCACCAUUCCCAGAACGUUGUGGGAAGGUUGUAUGCAAAAUAACCAUAGGAUAACCACGCGCUCACCAAGCUCUAAGAAACGUAUACAGUGGGGAGAACAAGUAUUUGAUACACUGCCGAUUUUGCAGGUUUUCCUACUUACAAAGCAUGUAGAGGUCUGUACUUUUUAUCAUAGGUACACUUCAACUGUGAGAGACGGAAUCUAAAACAAAAAAAAUCCAGAAAAUUACAUAGUAUGAUUUUUAAGUAAUUAAUUUUCAUUUUCUUGCAUGACAUAAGUAUUUGAUACAUCAGAAAAGCAGAACUUAAUAUUUGGUACAGAAACCUUUGUUUGCAAUUACAGAGAUCAUACGUUUCCUGUAGGUCUUGACCAGCUUUGCACACACUGCAGCAGGGAUUUUGGCCCACUCCUCCAUACAGACCUUCUCCAGAUCCUUCAGGUUUCGGCUGUCGCUGGGCAAUACGGACUUUCAGCUCCCUCCAAAGAUUUUCUAUUAGGUUCAGGUCUGGAGACUGGCUAGGCCACUCCAGGACCUUGAGAUGCUUCUUACGGAGCCACUCCUUAGUUGCCCUGGCUGUGUGUUUCGGGUCGUUGUCAUGCUGGAAGACCCAGCCACGACCCAUCUUCAAUGCUCUUACUGAGGGAAGGAGGUUGUUGGCCAAGAUCUCGCGAUACAUGGCCCCAUCCAUACUCCCCUCAAUACGGUGCAGUCGUCCUGUCCCCUUUGCAGAAAAGCAUCCCCAAAGAAUGAUGUUUCCACCUCCAUGCUUCACGGUUGGGAUGGUGUUCUUGGGGUUGUACUCAUCCUUCUUCUUCCUCCAAACACGGUGAGAGGCGUUUAGACCAAAAAGCUCUAUUUUUGUCUCAUCAGACCACAUGACCUUCUCCCAUUCCUCCUCUGGAUCAUCCAGAUGGUCAUUGGCAAACUUCAGACGGGCCUGGACAUGCGCUGGCUUGAGCAGGGGGACCUUUCGUGCGCUGCAGGAUUUUAAUCCAUGACGGCGUAGUGUGUUACUAAUGGUUUUCUUUGAGACUGUGGUCCCAGCUCUCUUCAGGUCAUUGACCAGGUCCUGCCGUGUAGUUCUGGGCUGAUCCCUCACCUUCCUCAUGAUCAUUGAUGCCCCACGAGGUAAGAUCUUGCAUGGAGCCCCAGACCGAGGGUGAUUGACCGUCAUCUUGAACUUCUUCCAUUUUCUAAUAAUUGCGCCAACAGUUGUUGCCUUCUCACCAAGCUGCUUGCCUAUUGUCCUGUAGCCCAUCCCAGCCUUGUGUAGGUCUACAAUUUUAUCCCUGAUGUCCUUACACAGCUCUCUGGUCUUGGCCAUUAUGGAGAGGUUGGAGUCUGUUUGAUUGAGUGUGUGGACAGGUGUCUUUUAUACAGGUAACGAGUUCAAACAGGUGCAGUUAAUACAGGUAAUGAGUGGAGAACAGGAGGGCUUCUUAAAGAAAAACUAACAGGUCUGUGAGAGCCGGAAUUCUUACUGGUUGGUAGGUGAUCAAAUACUUAUGUCAUGCAAUAAAAUGCAAAUUAAUUACUUAAAAAUCAUACAAUGUGAUUUUCUGGAUUUUUUUUAGAUUCCGUCUCUCACAGUUGAAGUGUACCUAUGAUAAAAAUUACAGACCUCUAAAUGCUUUGUAAGUAGGAAAACCUGCAAAAUCGGCAGUGUAUCAAAUACUUGUUCUCCCCACUGUAGUUCUUAGAACAUUAUGUGCUAGCUGGGCACUCUUAUCUCUUUCACACACUAUGAGCAUGUCUCUCUUGAUUGCUCCAUGUAUUACUAUCAGAUACCAGAGAGUUUCUUGAUUGCCUGGCUGGUGUGCAUGCAUUGGAAUCCUUUCUCACUGAAUGCACGGUUAAUUUGUGUGUAUUCAGCUCCUUGAUGGUGGAUAUGAUGCACUGUGGUUAAUAGUCUGUGAUACGUUACAGACCGAACACAUGGCACAAUUAGAAACAACAUCCAAACUAAAUUGAAAUUCAAAACACAUAUUUUGUUAUGGGGCAAACAUAUUUUCAUCCACACGAAACCAGAAGAAGAGAUAAGGAAAUGAGACAGGCUCUAAUUUAUUCAUUUAUCUUUAUGUACCAGUGGGAAUUGAGCUCAACCUCAAACCUCAUACUUUCUAUCUCUCGCUCACGCUUUCUCUCCCUCCUUCCUCCUCACCAUCCCUCUCUCCGUUGCCAAUAGUAACAGGCUGAUCUAUCAUGGUGAGACAGGCAGGAGCCUGUAGCUACUCUGUGUAACUGACUAUGUCCUGCUUGUUGUGUGUGUGUGUUUGUGUGUGCUUCCUUCGCAUGUGUUUGUGUGGGUGAGAGAGGAAGAGAGAGAGAGCAAGACAGCAAGACAGAGCGACAAAAAUUGUGUGAGCGUGCACACAUACUGGGUGGAUGCAGCAGAGCAUGAUGGUAUCAGUGAUGCAUUAAAAAGGCUCCGGAGACUCGCAGACUGUUAGCACAUCCAGGCUCCGCUAUAAUCACUGUGCUGCAUCGUUCCAGCCUCUGCCUUGACCACAGCAACUCUAGAUUCAAGCAAUUGUACACUGUGCAGAAGCUAGCCGCACCAUCAUAAAAGCAUUAGGGGUUGUUGUUUUCCAGGUAUGUCUCAUUGUAAAUGCAAUAACAACAGUGUAGUACAUGCAAUAACAACAGUGUAAUGAAUGCAUUGGCGGCGUCACAUUAACGGCCAAGUGGUCUAUUGUGUUCCAGUCUCUGUAGGCUAUGAGUAUGAGUCAUGUGCUGACUACAUUGUGUGGGAGAGAAGGAUGGCUCAGCUGCAGGGCUUUGAGAUGAUUGCCUCCAACCUAGGGGGCUGGUCCCUGGACAAGCACCACAUCCUUAACCUCCAAAGCGGUGAGGGCUCUGCCUGUUCCUCUGUAUCACAAUUCCAUUCAACAGUACUUUACCCUAAGCCUACCUGACCUGACACUAUUUCAUACCUGGUUAUCCAGUAGGAAUAUUGUGAAGACAUUCUUGCCAAACUAUCAUUGUUUUUACUUCCAUUUAAAAUGACUUGAUAUAGACUAGUACAAUGCAUUAUUCUUGGUCUUGUUGAACUUUGAAGAUUCUAGGAAGGACUGGAUUGGAUUAUAAUUGCUAGUUGUCCUUAAACUCCAGGUGUCCUACACAAAGGGAAUGGAGAGAACAUCUUCAUCUCCCAGCAACCGCCAGUCAUCCACACAGUGAUGGGGACGGGGUAUGUGCGCACCAUCCCCUGCCCCAACUGUAACGGCCUUGCCCUGGGCAGCAAGCUCUACGCUCCUGUCGCUAUCACUUGUGGCUCCGACGGCAGCAUCUACAUUGGCGACUUCAACUUCAUCAGAAGGAUUCUACCCAAUGGAUUUGCUAUUAGCAUUCUAGAACUGAGGUGACACUUUAAGACUAACAGUUAAAGCAGCAAUAUGUAACUUUUUGGGCAACUCAACCAAAUUCACAUAGAAAUAUGUGUUCUAGAUAUGUCAUUCUCAUUGAAAGCAAGUCUAAGAAGUGGUAGAUAUGUUCUAUGUGCGCUAUUUCUAUUCUUUAUAUUUCACAGCGGUUUAGAUGGUAAAGUUAUUCUCUACACUAUACUUCCUUGUUUUGUCACAUAAACUGAAAUUAGGUGAACUAUUAGAAUUUCAGUGUUUUUCUGUGAUUAUGUACAGUUGAAGUCGGAAGUUUACAUACACUUAGGUUGGAGUCAUUAAAACUCGUUUUUCAACCACUCCACACAUUUCUUGUUAACAAACUAUACUUUUGGCAAGUUGGUUAGGACAUCUACUUUGUGCAUGACACAAGUAAUUUUUCCAACAAUUGUUUACAGACAGAUUAUUUCACUUAUAAUUCACUGUAUCACAAUUCCAGUGGGUCAGAAGUUUACAUACACUAAGUUGACUGUGCCUUUAAACAGCUUGGAAAAUUCCAGAAAAUGAUGUCAUGGCAUUAGAAGCUUCUGAUAGGCUAAUUUACAUAAUUUGAGUCAAUUGGAGGUGUACCUGUGGAUGUAUUUCAAGGCCUACCUUCAAACUCAAAAUAAAUCAGCCAAGACCUCAGAAAAACAAUUGUAGACCUCCACAAGUCUGUUUCAUCCUUGGGAGCAAUUUCCAAAUGCCUGAAGGUACCACGUUCAUCUGUACAAACAAUAGUACGCAAGUAUAUACACCAUGGGACCACGCAGCCGUCAUACCGCUCAGGAAGGAGACGUGUUCUGUCUCCUAGAGAUGAAAGUACUUUGGUGCGAAAAAUGCAAAUCAAUCCCAGAACAACAGCGAAGGACCUUGUGAAGAUGCUGGAGGAAACAGGUACAAAAGUAUCUAUAUCCACAGUAAAACGAGUCCUAUAUCGACAUAACCUGAAAGGCCGCUAAGCAAGGAAGAAGCCACUGCUCCAAAACCGGUUUGCAACUGCACAUGGGGACAAAGAUCGUACUUUUUGGAGAAAUGUCCCCUGGUCUAAUGAAACAAAAAUACAACUGUUUGGCCAGAAUGACCAUCGUUAUGUUUGGAGGGAAAAGGGGGUUGCUUGCAAGCCGAAGAACACCAUCCCAACCGUGAAGCAGGUGGUGGCAGCAUCAUGCUGUGGGGGUGCUUUGCUGCAGGAGGGACUGGUGCACUUCACAAAAUAGAUGGCAUCAUGAGGAAGGAAAAUUAUAUGGAUAUAUUGAAGAGACAUCUCAAGACAUCAGUCAGGAAGUUAAAGCUUGGUUGCAAAUGGGUCUUCCAAAUGGACAAUGACCCCAAGCAUACUUCCAAAGUUGUGGCAAAAUGGCUUAAGGACAACAAAGUCAAGGCAUUGGAGUGGCCAUCACAAAGCGUGAACUGAAAAAGCGUGUGCGAGCAAGGAGGCCUACAAACCUGACUCAGUUACACCUGCUCUGUCAAGAGGAAUGAGCCAAAAUUCACCCAACUUAUUGUGGGAAGCUUGUGGAAGGCUACCCGAAACGUUUGACCCAAGUUAAACAAUUUAAAGGCAACGCUACCAAAUACUAAUUGAGUGUAUGUAAACUUCUGACCCACUGGGUAUGUGAUGAAAGAAGUUAUUCUGACAUAAGACAGGGAAUUUUUACUAGGAUUAAAUGUCAGGAAUUGUGAAAAACUGAGUUUAAAUGUAUUUGGCUAAGGUGUAUGUGAACUUCCGACUUCAACUGUAUUUGUACAUUAUGUCAAGCACUAUUUGAGGUUGAAGCAUUCGACAUAUACAGUAUAAUAAAAGUUGAUGUAGUGCUAGUUGCCAAAAUAUUUUGCUAUUGUUGUUAUGAUUGUUCAAUUUUCAAGAUGAAAUGGAAAAAUAUUAGAAAAUAAGUAAUCUGUUGUGCACACAAAUUGAACAGAGAAGUUUCAUUGAAAUGCUUUCAUAAUUGUAAUCAUGGAUCGAAGAGCAGACACUUCUCCAAGGAUCAGAACUAAUACUGUCUUUCUAUCUCAUUAAUACAACGCUGCUAGGAAUCGAGAUAUCAGGCACAGGUACGUUUUCAAUACCGUAUUCAGUCAGACUCAGAACAUAAUGUAUUUUCCUCAAAACUGUUUUUUAUGACACUGCUGCAUGAAGAGAGCGGUGCUUCAGUUGCAAACUGCCAGCCUCCCUUUCAUGGAUGAAAGAAGAUGCUCUCAUUUGGUUACAGAAUACAGGAUAAGAAGCGAGGAGAGUCAGUCAAUAUGGAAGUAUAUUGACCUGGAUUUAAAAGUAGCAGGGAUCAGAAAUGGGGCUAUCUUUGGAGAGAAAUACAAACGAGGCGAGGUCUUUAAAGGGUGCCUCUUAUCAUAGACAAGCCCCAGCCUUUCAUGUGUGUUUAGAUGGUUGAGCGCCCCGCUGAAGGCCAGUGUAACACUGUUGUGUUGGGAUAGGCUUCUCAUUCUCUCUCCCCCGAACGAACAGGCUCUCAUCUCUCCCAGAGAUAUGAUUCAUCGUUUCAAGCAGCUGUCAUGUUCGCAAUUGAUUCUUUCUCAAUCAAAGCCUGUAAAAAAAAUCACUGAACUAGCUGUGCUUUUUUUCUUCACUGCUUCUAUGGGAUGGCACAUUCAGCUAAAGCCUGAGAUGAGUAAUGUUCCUCUCCGAAUCAGCAUCUAUAAUCAUAGCUUAAUAUUUACAGGCUCACAUUACACAGGCACUUAGGUUGCCUCCAUCAUUUUGUCAUUAUUUCAGUCCCCUUUCAGUUGCAGUGAAUCAACUGUAAAGGUGAUACAGCUGUCAGAAUUAGCGCUGUAAGGAUUUUAAUAAUAACUUCUGAUGAAAAGAUUGAGUCUGUCUGUGGUUGGCAGAUGUUUGUUUCACGUCAGCAAGAUGUUAAUGUCUGAGCUGAUGACGUGGUUCCUCUUGAGCAACCAUUUAAUAUGAAAGACUGUCGGAGGCAACUGAACUGGUGUUUAGUGAUAAAAGCCAGCUCUUUGAAGAUUGCUCAGUACUGUAUAUGUGUACGUCAUACAAACAGUACAUUGUUCAUGUUUUUGGUACUGUAGACCUAAGUGACUGGGUAAUGUUUUGCUCACAAGUCUUUUCCUUUCAGCACCAGCCCAGCCCAUAAGUACUACUUGGCCAUGGACCCAGUAAGGGAGAUCCUUUACCUGUCUGACACCAGCAGCAGGAGGGUCUACAGACUCAGGACCCUCACGGAGCCAAAGGACCUGGCCAAGAACAUGGAGGUGGUGGCAGGGACUGGGGACCAGUGCACCCCCUUCGACCAGGGCCACUGUGGAGAUGGGGGCAAAGCCACUGAGGCCUCCCUCAACAACCCCAGAGGUACAGCAUCAUCAUUACCUUAA